GUCUCUGCCAUUUAGAGUCACCAACUCUCGACAGGAAUGUCCGUCCCUGCUCGCACACAGAUCAUGUACUGGAUGCGCCCACUUUAUUUUUAACCCCGCAGGGUGGGUCACUCGCUGGCUUUCGGGAAUGAACGUGGAGCGCGCGGCGCCUGCAGUCCCUUUCCCUCGUCCCCCGUGCCCUCCUCGCGCUGUGGAGACCAACGUCCGCACUGACCAGGACCCUGCUGCUUCAAUGGGAUUAAAAGUGUUUUAUUGGCUGGGAAAAGGUUCGAGAUAAACAUCCAGAAACAAGUAAGUGGAAGUCAAUGGUAAAGCAAGGUGUCCUUCUUCGUGUGUUUGUGUAGAGUAAGUGAGUGUAGCCGAAAAACUUGACGGGGCUCCUUCAUUCAUGACUUUUGUUAGUUUUUCUCAAGUUAUAAAGUUUCUAAUAAACCACCUGUUGCAUGGCUGCCAUUUAACAAAGAUGCUUUUUUAAAACUGCGCCUCGAAUAUUGAAUGUUAAUUUAAAGUUCAGCAAUAUAACUCAAUUUAGGUUUCUAAUUAGCCUGAUAUGUUGAGGUUAUCGGUUUAUCUUUUCACUAUAACAUGGGCGCGUCGGAAAGUGCGCACAGUGACGUCAUUGCGCACGGCUGCGAACAAGUGCGUCUUGCAAAGUUUUCUACAACAGGAGCAAGGUCUAAACAAGGUCAUUUUAAGGUCUUAAGAAAUGAAUCAUUUUUAAGUACACAAACAAAAACUUAAAAUCUAUUCUAACUGCGAACUUAAUAAGGACUUUACAUCCUGAAAAAUGACCUUUAAAGGUUACCGUACUUUGUCCAUUAGUCCAGUGGUUCUCAACUGGUGGGUCCUGACCCAAAAGUGGGACGCGGACCUGUUCAGAAACAUAAUUAAAUUUAGGUUUCUAAUCAUGCUGAUAUUUUGAGGUUAUCAGUUUAUCUCUUCACUAUAACAUGGGCGUUUCGGAAAGUGCGCACAGUGACGUCAUUGCGCACGGCUGCGAACAAGUGCAUCUUUGCAAAGUUUUCUGCAACAGGAGCAAGAGGUGAGGGGAAAAGGGCAGCAGCAAGGUCUAAACAAGGUCAUUUGAAUAUCUUGAGAAAUGUAUGUUUUGUAAGUACACAAACAAAAACUUAAAAUACAUUCAAACUGCGAACUUAAUAAGGACUUUAAUGAUGAAAAAUGACCUUUAAAUGUUACAGUACUUAGUCCGUUAGCCCAGUGGUUCUCAACUGGUAGGUCCCGACCCAAAAGUGGGUUGCGGACACGUUCUGGAUGGGUCGCGAACAGCUGGUCAAAAAAGUAAAUAUUUAAUGCACAUCUGAUUUUUGUCAUGUCUUUUAUUUUGAAAAGUAGCUCAUAUUGAAAGGCACGUUGCAUGGUCUGAGUAUGCUCUGAAUGCAGAGAUGCAUAUAAGUCAAAUUUUUCAUUUUACUGCUCUCCAUUUUGUACAAUUUGAUAUUCGAUAUUUUCUGUAUAUGCAACUUCGGUAGUUGUCGUCCUCAGUUCACGUGCUCUGAAAUGCACUUUACUCAAUAAAAUGGGUGUAUUUAUGUUAAAGAUUUGAGUCUUUAAAGUUUUUUUUAAUAUAAGAAAUCAAUUCACUUGGUUUGAAUUUUAUAAAAGUGGGUCGCAACUUAAGGACCAUGGAUAAAAGGUGGGUCCCAGAGUGAUACCAUUUGAGAACCCCUGUGUUAGCCUGCUGUUAUCGAGGCUUUUCUGUUCAAGUAUUGUGUUUUUGUGGUCUGUCAGGUCAGCUUUAAGAAAUAUCUGUGUAGAUCUACGUUCAAUCUGUAAAAGCAGUCAUAUGAUUAUUUAGAAAACUUGCCACAUGCUUUACACAUAACAUCUCAAAGCUGGCUAAAGCUUCCACAUAGUAUAUCUGACCCCUGACACUGUACCUAAGGCUUUGUGUUUUGUCAAAUCCUGCUUGUGCAACUCUCCAUGACUACAUGUUUUCUGUUGACAUAAAUGUUUAUCCCAUCCUCAUUUUGAAACAGUGCGGCGGCUUCUUAGUAACAAAGACAUCAAAUAUUCCCAGAGCAAAACAGACCUUUCUCCUCACUCCCCUUAAAAGGACAAGUGUGUGUCACCACGUCUGGACCAGCAGGGACUUCAAUGUAAACACUCUCCAGGAAUAGUUUACUAUUGAUUCAUUAUAAUCUCUCACAAGAUCAGGCUUUGUGUUGCUGCAGUCAAAACAAUAAUGACCAUAUCAGAGGGGUAUUUUUUCACAGUCUGUGUACAUAAUCGAUGUUUAGUAUAGAUUACGCUCCUCAGAUCUUGUCAGACAGAAGUGUAGUGCUUAGUUUUGAGAUGAUAUUUACAGUCAGAGGGGAACGUUGAAGCUGCAGACUCUGGUGGUCACUCAAUCCAGUAACCAGCCUCCCCUCUCUGCCUCCUCCAUCCUUAUUGAUCCAGUUUGUGUUUAUGUCUCAGAUUUACUCGCUCCUGGAUCAUACGUAGGUCUCCCUCUCCUCAGUCCAGUUGCUGCUGCUGCUACAGUUUCACAGACGCUGUAGGUUCCCAUUUUCACCACACCCAUCUCUUAUUUCAUCCCUUCCAUCUGACUCAGAAUAAUGUACUCCCUAUAGCUGUAGCUAAUGCAUUUCUGCCCCUCAGAGUGCAUCCAGAAGGAGUGUACUUACAGCUGGGAGCAAGCUCUGCGAGGUUAUUACUCAUCUCGCAGGUGCUGGUUUGAUGUUUAUAUUGCUCAUGCGUGUUUACGGUGGGGUUUUGCAGGAACAACAGAGAAAAGAAAAGGGGUACACUUCAUUAAAAAGUCACAAACAGCAGAAAAGUUAUCAUGAAACAAAAGCUAUUUCACACCUCACAAACGAGGAGUUGUUUUGCUUAUAUUCCAACUCAGCAAAUCUUAAGAGUGAAAACUCAUUCACACCUUUUUAUCCAUUUUCCUAAACUGUUGAGAAAGUUUUUAGAGCAGCAUCCACAGACACAUGAAUUCUGUCCACAUUAGAUGUAAAUUAUUUUUCUUUUCCAAGGUCUAGCAGCUCUUGGUUAUCUCGAAAACUUCCAGGCGACAUUUUAAUCACCGUCCUGACAUUAAUUCAACUUAUGAGAGAUUAUCCAGCACCACUUCCUCAUCAGCUCGUAAUGUGCGGAUUGAAAAAAUGUGUAUUUACUGAAGCAUGAGCUGCCGGGACUUUAUGUAUUUCAAGUGAUAGAAAGAUUAACGAGGAAAUGCCUGAGUAUAAUGUAAUGUGUUAUCAGCGGAGGCCAGUGUAAGCAAAUAACACGUACAGUUUCUAUCAUCCUCAUUUCAAAUGUAUGAGAAAUGGUAAAACUCAGUAUGGGGAUAAAAUGCUGAGGAAAAAUAAGAAUGAACGAUUUUAUCAAUCCUUUAAAGUAACAUGUAAAUAAAAAUGUCUUUACCUUGGUUUAUAAUCCUUGUUCUGUAGCAUCAUAAGACGACAGCAGCUCGGUUAAGGGGUAUUUCGAUGUGAAAGUAAUUUAGUUUAGUUUAGACUUAUCGUCUCGGUCUGAUUGCAUUUCCAUGAAGUAAUGAUCAUAAAUGUUCUUCCUUGAGCUGCGUCACCCGCUGUAGUCCGUAAUGGACUGGUCCAAGGUCUGGCUACAAACAAGCGACUGCUGGAAGAGAGUAGGUGAGUUGUGUUUAGUCUCUUUGUUGAAGAAAUUAGGCAAAGCUAAAAAGAUGUUUGGUGGCUAGUGCUGUGGCUACGACCCUAUAUGUCCUGUUGAUGAAGUUCCGUGUUGUUCUGAGCAUUAUUUGUGGCUAUAGAGUGGCGUUUUGGUUGAGGUUUGUUUAUGGCUCCUCAGACAGCUGUGUAUUGCUAUCGUGCGGUCGUUACUAAAGUUGGUAUAACUAGAGAAGCAAGUGGUUGGUGGCAUUCAUCUCUCAAGGGGGUGUCUAACUCGAUGUUACAGUGUGUUUGACCCUAAAUUAAUUUUACACCAGAAUAUCCCUUUAAGUUUAGAUAUUAGGUCAGUUUUCUCCUGGACAAUGCUGCUCUUGAGCAAGGCACCUAAUCUCAGGGCGACCAUGUGUGUGUGCACAUCUCUUCACUCCAGCAUCUCUCCAUAAGCGCAUGUUCAUAGGACCCUGCUUUGCAAAGAUAUAUGGAGUAUACUUUCUUUUUCUUCUUUAUUAGAAACUGCAGCUUCUGGCACAGCUCACAGAAGCAGUUUGGGGUUAACUGUCUUGCUAAAGGACAGUCCAGGAGCAUACGAGAAGCAGGAUCGAGGAUAUAACACCCUACUUUCCUACUGACUCUGCCGUCCUUGGGGCACAUUAAUAAAAAACAGAAAUUGAGAUGCACAUAAGCUAUGAAAACUAUGCAACGUGAGGCCUUUUCAUGAUGUCCAAGGGCAAACAAGACCAUCAGGGACAAGACUGUCGAUUUUUAUCGAGCCAUUCCUGAAACAUUCGACCAUCAAAAGUCACCAGAAUGAGAUUUUUCUUUUCUUUUUUAUGAAUCAAGUCAGUAUUCAGCGACUUUGUCAUCACCUUUCAGCUGAAAUAGAAAUGUCUUGCAUUUCAGUUGAAGGUAUUUCAGCGGCUGCUACCUUUUGUAGGUGACUCUGUGUUAUUAAGGGAGGUUUAGACUUUUAUUCUGCACCACAGGAGCUUGUAGCUGACAAGGUUACCCGCUGUGAGGGAGCAGGUGUGUAAGAAUCCCGUGUCUCGCUCAAGGACACCAAGAGAGGACGCCUCAUUAUUGACAGACACACACAAGCGAUGGCAGGCGGUGAACUUGGUGUCACUGGACUGUCUCUCAGAAGCAGCUCUCCUUCAAACAGCAGACAGUAUCACAAAGUCUCAGCUUGCACACAUGAUUCGCCGUGGUUUUAUUCGUCAGCCCGCCGGUUCUUCGACACCGCUACGGGUUUUGGUUUACAGCGGACAGUUUGUGGGUUUGAACGGUGUGUAAGGAGGUUUGUACAGAGUGUAAAGAGGUUGUGUGGUAGUGCUGUCCAGGUUGUGUGUGUGUGAGGUGAUAAGGGGAUCCCCGUCUGUGGGUGGAGCAUCCCCAGACCGAUAACUGCUGUCUGCAGGGGACUGAUACUGAGGGGGAGGAGGGAGACCUGUGCUGCAGAGUGCCAUCAUUGUGCAUCACUGAGGGCCUCUUUUCUGAAUGUGCCAAAGGAACAGAAUUUUAGUAUAGUUUCACUGCCAGCACUCUCCAAGUUUAUCCCAUUUUAUACCACCUUACCUGCAUUUUGACUUAAAUUGAAGGACUAUCGAUUAUAAUUUUGAGCCACUUUAUGAUUUUUCCUCUAAAUUAUGAUUCAAAUUUAUCUCCAAAUGUUAAACAGAGAUACUAGUUUAAUUAGUUCGAUACUAACAAAUAAAUUCGUCUCAAUCUAUAUUUGAUUUUAAUCUUGUUGAUUAUAGUUUUUAUCAGGAUUCUUGAGACCAAACGAAGUAGCCCUUGGGUUGUGGACAAAAUAAGAUAUUUUGGGCUGUUAUCUUGGACACUAAUCAACAAUUUUCAUCCGAAUGAGUAAUCAGUGAACUCAGAGAAAUGUCAGUCCCAACCCUUUAAUCUGCAACUCUAAAAAUAAAACAAAAAAAGCUUUAUUUUCGCAAUUGUUUUUGCAUUCUCAGCCACGACGUCUUUGCCGGAGGCCCUUCUCUCUCUUUUCUUUUGUACUUCAGCAUCAACUCAACUUGGAUCCCCCCCGCCUCACUUCACUUCACAGGCUUAAACUCACAAAUACCUGCCAGCAGAAACGCACAAACACGCGCGCGCACUCAGAAUUCGAAAUACGUGAGGCGCAUCAUUCAAAAAGUCAGCGGUUUCUUCGUCAUGUUCUGCAGUACAGAGGGGUUCCCCUCCCCCUGUGAAGUACGAUAAGAGAGCUAUGCUGCUCACAGAUAGAGCUAUCUGAGCGGUUACCCUUCAGCCCGCCAUUCCACACAGAGAAUAGACAGUCAGACACUCGGCAGGGUGACAGUUGAGUAAAGCACGCGCAAAAUGGAGAUUAUGAGGGGCACAGGAGCCAGAGCAUGGGGCCAGUGUGACAACUAUAAUAGGCAGGAUGUGGACAGAGUUCCACCACAAUAGCAAAUACAUAGUGAAUAAUUUGUUGAUGGUAGUGUUUUGUCUAGUUAGAAAAUCCCCCUCUUCUUUAAAGCCAUUUACCACUCUGUAAAACAAACACGAUAAACAUAAAUAUCUUCAUUAUUGUAGGCCUAAAAUGAUGGCCAUAUGUUGUAUCUUAGCUGCACCCACCAUCAACAGAAGAUGGCGUCUCACAGUCGAGCAGGGUUUUGCAGUAUUUUGAUCUGGGUAGUGGAGUUACAGUUGUCUGUAGGCUGUGUCUGGUUGUGUUGGCAUUCGAGCAGAGUAAUAUAGAUCAAGCACAGGCAUGUGGACGUGCAAGGGGGACCUCACUCCGCUAAUGUUAGUCACACUCUGCAAACCAAGAUUGUUUACCCACGGACUCUGUGAUCCCGUGUUUGGCUGUGCUUGAUAAAUCUUUCCCAAUUUUGACUGUUUUCUAAGCGGCUAGUUAGCUUAAGUCAUAUCUUUGGCUGAAAAAUUCUCACAUGAGCUUUAAAACAUUAGGGGAAGGUAAGAUAAUAUCGUAUUUGCCUGGUUUACCUACAGUGGAGCUGCUACUGUAUAUUCUGGGUAAAGAACGCAAAUAAUCUCAUCAUUAUUCAGCUUAAAGCAAAAAACUUUGAUAAUGAAAAAAACUGUUUCUAUAUUAAUGCAAAUGUAAUAAUAAAAAAUAAUAAAAAUAAUAAUUAUGAUGAUGAUAAUAAUAAUAAUAAUAAUAAUAAUAAUAAUAAUAAUGACAAAAACAACAAUAAGAAUAAUAAUAAUAAUAAUGACAGCAACAACAACAAUAUUAUUAUUAUUAUUAUUAUUAUUAUUAUUAUUAUUAUCAUCAUUAUAAUAACAAUAAUAAUAAUUAUAAUUAUUGUUAUUAUUAUUAUUAUUAUUAUUAUUAUUAUUAUUAUUAUUAUUAUUAUUAUUAUUAUUAUUAUAUCAAUAAUAAUAACAAUAAUCAUUAUAACAAUAAUCGUUAUAUCAAUAAUGAUUAAUUUUAUUUAUAACAUGCUUUUACAGGUGCUCAAAGAUGCUUUACAAAAAAACAAACAAAAAAAAACACAAUUUAAAAUACAGAAAAUUUAGAGUAAUAAGACCCACAGUGUAGAAGGUUAAAAAAGACACAAUAUGAAAAGACAAUAAAGGAUCAGUCCACAGGUUAAAAGCUAAAUUAAUAAGGUGUGUUCUUAGGAGUGAUUUGUACUCUGUACAGCCUCGGAUGGGUUUGGGGAGUAAAUUCCAGAGAGUUGGGGCAGCAGUGGAGAAGGCUCUGUCCCCCCUUAGGUUCGGUAAUAUGUAAAAGGUUUAACAUUUGAUUACCUAAGAUCCCUGUGUUUUCACUGAAAUGUUCACUCUCUGGUCUAAAUCACAUGUUUGACCACUCUCGAAAAACUUUGCACCCACAGUAAACAUCUAAACUGAUAAUUAAAGUUCAUAAACUUUUUUAUAUCUGCGAAUGGAUUAUUCAGCAAAUUGGAAGCCACACUAGGAGGUAUUAUAUUUGAAUGUCCUCUGCUUUCAUGCGAGUGAUGUCUGGUAUGGUUUUAUAAUUAAUGUGGCCUCAGCGUCCCUCUCCUGUGUGUGCUGAUCCCCCGUUAAUCAUCAUAAUCAGUCAUAAUAACACCUCCACUGUCUGUCUCUCUCCUCUCUUUCAGACCCCCUCCUGUAUCCUCCUGUUUCCACUCAUUUCCCCACACACACCCCGGACCACCCUGAGGACGCCUGCUGCCGUCCCCUCGCCCGCUCGCCACGCUGGCUACCGCCAUGACUUCCACCACGGACUUUGACAAUGCGGAGAUCACGCAGCAGUACAGCCACAUCAACACCCGCUUCGACCUCUCCGACGAGGAGCUCGACAACGACAACAGCUCGGCGCGGCUGUUUGAACGCUCGCGCAUCAAGGCCCUCGCAGGUGAGUGUGUGCAUAGUAAACAGGCUGUGUCCUCUCAGAGGUAUGUGUGCGGCAGAUUUCUGAGAUGACUGUCUUUUUUAAGUGUGGGAAGGGAGAUUGGAGAGCUAUUUUAAGCUUCUGUAUGACUCUCACUGACCUUCACAAAAACUGAGUCAAAAAAGGACAACAUAAAACCGCAGGUGAUCUAUUAUUUCACUCCAAAGCUCCAUGGAGAGCUCUGCAGGUGUCCUUGUGCGUGUGUUUGUGUGUGUGUAUAUUUCUCCUGAUGUCACACACUCUCAGCAGCUGAGCCCUGACACCGCUCCGCACCCUCAGAAAGGAACCAGGAUCACUUGCACAUUCUCUGAAUGUCCACUGUCUGACCGUUCUGGACAGCUGCCCUGCCUGUCUGCCUCCCAUUGCACACAUCUCUGGCAUUUCUGGCUAAGCUGGAAGGCUGUGACCCACCUGUGGGGCAGCUGCCGGGGUUUUUAAAUAGCGGCGUUUCGGAGGUGGGAGGAAGCAAAACAGAAAAAGGGGAGCUGAGGGUCAUACCAUGUUUAUUUUUGUAAAGCUGAACACAUAAGAGAGGUCAGCCACAAGGUGCUAAAACAUGGAUUCAGCUCUCAGGGGGACGCACUUUAGGUUUUUAGUGAGGAUCCAAGUGAGGAUAUGUUGCCUAAGGUGCGAAACACCAGGAUCGAUAUACAAAAGGUAAAGUUCUGGAAACUUUUGAUUCAGAUUUCUUUCAUCCCUACAGGAUAAAUCUGGUGAUUCAUCCCUGGUUUGUGUUUUUCCAACGCCCCAAAAAUCGCCCCAAAAAGCCCAGAAAAACCAACAGAAACCAACAAUAACCAAUAAUUUUACCUGUAAAGUAGAAGGGAAAUAUUGGGAGCCUAACUGUUGGUCAAUAUAGAUACGGGCGAAGAGGUGGCGUGGGCUCGGAGCCUACAGGCUAACAGCUAAGAUGCUCACCUGUCAGUAAAGUCAGCUGUGCCCCCAAUAAUAUAAAUGUAUUUAUAACCACCGGCCUCUAAAAUAUCUACAUGGAUGAAUUAUGAGAAAUGUUCACCAAAUAUGCUGUCAGCCAAAAUCUUCAUUUGAACUGAGGCUGCAAACAUGUUAAUGAAGAUUUCUAUGAUCUAAUAUGAGGAUUCAUCAGCUUUUGCAGCCAGCCCCCAGUGGAUACUUAAGGAACUGCAGUUUUUACACUUUUUUUCCUUUUUUUUUCAACCCUGAAGGUUGUUGCUUGAUUUAAUUUGUGCAGACAAAACUUUAAAUGGUUUUUUCUUCCACGUUUCUGUCCUGUUCAGAGUCACUUGGGGUUGGAGCCAAUCUCAGCUGUGACUGGGCGUGGGGACAGGUACACCCUGGACAGAUUACCAGUUAAUCACAGAGCUGACUUACAGAGACAAACCACCAGUCUUUCUUACACUCCUAUUGGCAGGUUAGAGUUCCUCAUUAACCCAGCUAACACGUCUCUGUAGGAGGGAGCCCCAGCAGCAGCCUCAGCACUGGAAAAUGAAGCGAAUUAUUUACAUAUAUCAUACUUGAAGCCCUGAAAUGUCAGUCAUAUCUGGUGUAAAUUGUUGUGCAUCUACCUCCCAUUAGCUAGAACAGUUAUACAGCUCUGCAACCAGAAUGUAAACAAGCACAGAUAACAUAUGGCGUCUUGUUUUUUUCAUGUGCGUGGUAUACUACCAGUCUGACAAUGCUGCCGACGAUUUACAGUAACCACUCUAAUUGGUUGGUGAGGCUGAAUAAUCGAUCUCUGCGUAGAACCACAGUGUCAAGUAGGGAUGGGCGAUAUGGACUAAAAAAGUUUAUCAAGAUAAGAUUUGCCAUCCUGGCGGUAACGAUAAAAGUCCAGUUAAAAAAUAUUAUAAUUCCGAUCGAUAUUUUUGACUCAUUUUGUCUUGAGGACACCAGUUGGAGUAGUCAAAUAAGAUACUUAACCACAAGUUGAAGUGGUACCCACUGAGCAAUAGACGGCUAUUAGACGUCUAGUUUGUUUUUUUAGACCUGAUUUCAACCGUCUAGAUUCUGUAUAUUUUUAGACAGAAUUUAGAUGUUGCACUUUAACCCAUUAGUCGAUGUCUAUUUAUUUCAAAAAGCAUCUGUGAGUUGCAUAACUGAUCUCCGAGCACUAAACCAAAAUAAUUAUGAUAGCCGUUGAGCAAUAUACAGGUAGACCUCUGUUAGCUGGCUAGUCUAAACUUCUAAAUUCAGACGUUUAAAAACUUUCAUUUUUAGACCUGUGGUAGCCUGAUUUUAGACCAGUCGUCUAGACUACAUUUAGACGUCUGUUAGACCUCUUUUAGACCAAAAAAUGCUCGGUGGGUAGGUCAUGGAGAAAACUAAUGACAUCAAACAAAUCUCAAAUGUGAAAACAUUUUCAGCAUUUGUUGAAAACUCUCAUUGCACAGAGUGAACAGCAGCAGAUCCACUGUCUGAUGUCAGACAUACCUGAUUGCGACUGUCUAAGCCCCAAUCUUGAAGGUAAUCCCUCAUGUGGAGCCUCGUUCAGUAACGACCUGCUCAGAAACGUCUUCUUCAUUACCUUCAGCCAUGUUUGUUUGUUAUUCUGCUCUGUAUGGGCAAUGGCUUGUAUUUAUCCCAUUUAUAAAUCCUCCAUUUAUCAUGGAAGAUAAUUUAACGCCCAUCUCCAGUGCCGAGUAGUAAAAAGUUAGGCACUGAACCCAGAAAAAAGAGCAGCUCUGUAUCUGUGAGCUGUUUUUGUGAUUGUCUCCUUCUGGAUGUUUCAUUCGGCCUCAGGCUGGGAGCAAACAACAGGGUUGGGACUGAAUGAUUCCUCUUUUCAGCACUCUGCUUCACACCCAUCACUCUGUGUAACAAAAGCGGUCCUGCGGUUCAAUAUCUGACUCUACAUCGAGGUGGGCGAAAUAUUUAAAGAGGUGUCCGGACCGGUUAUGGGGCAGUACUCUCACCACUUUAGUUUGCUGCAUCUUUCUGUCUCUUUAAGUGAUGAAGGCUUCUGUGUGGGUGUUUGUGAUAUUAUGUUAGAGUGCUGCUGCACUGAUGUUUCUGUAAUGCAAUCAGAGUUUCCUGUCAGACAGAGAGUGAGAGAGAAAGAGAGAGAGAGAGAGAGAGAGGGAGAAGAGGAUAGUGACGGGAGAGUCAGGGGAUGAGCGCGGCUCUGAAAGACGUCCGCUGCUGAUUUACGGCUUGUGAAGUCAGAAAUAUUCACCCAGCGUGCCUUCAAAGUGCGUACAUAACAUAUCAAAUAUCCAGACGUUUGAACCGUCUCCUUACACAGAGCUAAAUAAAGAUUCAUCACAGUGAGAUGGGUAGUUUUAAGUCCGAGUGUUGGCACAGGAAAUCACAACAGUGCCAGCCUUACAUUUCACAUCCAGUGAUGUCACGACUGUGUGGGAGUGCCUGGCAGAGGGAGGGGGUUGUGGGAACACGUGGACCUAUUGAGACAUAUUGUAUGCAUGGAUGGGGAUACAGAAACCACUCUGAACUGAAGUGAAGGCUGCCGGAGCCCUUGUGCCGCCUGAGAGCGGAGGCAGAGCAUCAUCACGGCAGCGGCGGCGAAGAGAGAGUGAGAAAGGAAGAAGGAGGAGGGAGGGAGGGAGGAAGUGAGCACGAGAGGGAUCUGAAAAAAGGAGGACAGAGAGCCAAGAGACAGAGAGGAGGAGAGACGUGGAGUGCCAAGCUCCUCCGCCGCCGGCUCCAGGCUGUGUUGUUCUUGUCGUAGUCGUUUUGGGGGGUCAAGAUGAGCAGCCCGUGCCUGCUGCCUCGCGCCGCCCCGAUCAGCCAACCCCGGCUCAGAGAGGUCAAGAUCAGCCUGAAGGCCAGCAGCAGGGAGACCACGGCCAUCCGGAGCAGCAGCGGAGCCGCCAAGGAGGCUCCCGGUCGGACUUAUGCUGAGAGAGACCCCCCUGUUCGGGUCGGGAUGAGCAGCAGCAGGAGUAAGAGCACCCCGCCGGUGCACCGGGCCCAGAAACCUGAAAUCAGGAAGACCACCACGAGGGGGACCAGCAGUGGUGGGAAGCAGCAGGAACCUGAACACCACCCAGAGAAGAACGGCACCCUCCUGCACAUCCCGCUCAGCGUGACACCUAUGGGGCUCUCCCCCUUCUCCUCAUCCUCCUCCUCGUCCUCCACCUGCACCCCCAGACGUCAGCGGACCUCUCACCCACACCCACACCCUACCCCUGCCCUCCUCUCCUCCUCCUCGUCCUCCUCAGCAAAAAGUAUGAAGAGGGCUCGCUGGCUUAGUUACAGCACCUCCAACAUCUGCUUCAACUCCAUCCUGGACGGACGCUUCAGGCAGCUGCAAGGUACCUGAAGGCGGAGGAGUUGUGUUUGUGUUUGUGUGUGUUUGAGAGGGAGUUGGCUUUCCUCUCCUGCCUCAUGGAUGACAGAGAGUGAUCCAUACCCUUCCCCUCCCCUCCCUGAGUUUGUGUGUUUGUGUUCAGGUGAGGACAGGUUGGGCUGUGAGGUGGAAAAGUGUGAGCUGAGUUGUGAGAAGUGAAAAAAUAUGCAGUCAAAGCGUCACUCUGGCUUUUAUUAAAUGUAUAGUGUUGUGAUUUAUUUAUUUUCAGGAAGCUGUGGCUCUGCCCCAAUUGUUCACUGACUUACCUUUGAAUAAUUCAUGGGCAAACCCCGAAAAAGGUUGUGAUGGUUUCCCUCCAAAGCCAUUCAAAGCUGGAAAGUGUUAUGCACUUUAAUGCGCUUUAUUUUCAUCAAACUAUGAAAUAUAUUCAUCAUUUUAUCAAGUUUUCUAUCCCCUGAAUGACCCUCACUUUUCACAAACUGUUUGAAAGUGAUUGUUUUUGAUCCUCACCUCCUUUUUUCCCCUUUAAUGAUCACGUUGUCGGUGUUAAAAAAAUCAUCCUAUUCCCCGUUGGUUGAACUUCUCCCUGUCUGUGUUAUUAAGGUUUUAAGAGAGAGGUUUGCCGUCACUGUGGAUUUUUGUUAGCUUGCACUAUGCUGUCCAACUCCCUGAUGACAGGAGUGCAUUAGCGAGAGGAAGAAAAUGGAGGAGACGAAGGCUGGAACAGAGAGGGAAACAUGCUUUUUUUCUCUCCCCUCAUCUGCUGGAUUUCAAGUAUCGACUGACUCUCAAGACUGCAGAGGCAACUGAUACGUGAAGCAGUAAACUUUUGAGGCGUUCUCACAAAUCAGAGAGGCUGGACUGAGCCAAGUGUAUUGAUCCGCCCAUCACAAUUCAACGAGUUUGUUCCUCUCGUCAUUAAGGAGAUCUGGAAAAUGAAGUUGGACAGAGCAACAGUUAUAUUAACACAGACGAUAAAUUGACAAAAAAACAAGAUGGAAACAUUUUAUUUUUAUUUUUUGCAGUUACUGAUCUUAAAUAUAUCUCUUUCAGGGAAUUUGACCCUACCAAUACAAGUGUGUUUGCAGGUGAAGAUGUUACUCUACCUCGUCUAGCAUUUUGACCUUUAACCUUUGGGUCUAUUUCUGUUCUGUCCACAAACUUUUUACUUGAAGUCUUUUUUUUGUUUGAGCUUGUGAGUUUGACCUCAUAUAAAUGUUUAGGUUUGCACGCAAGCUGCAGUUUGUGCAUGAGGAUAAAGGCCAGUGUAAAGGAUUUGGAAAUCAGCAAACUGGCAGGAAAACAUGAUAGAAAGUUUUAAAGACAAAGUGACGUAUGUGGUCUAUGAGGUCCACCAGUUCAUGAAGGAAACUGCAGAAAUAAACACAGGACAGAAGAAAACACAGAGAAAACUGGGUGUGAGCAGAACUGAUGGUGUUUUCUGGUUUCUGGACAUCAGUCAGCUGAGCGUCUGAAACCAAGAACUGACAGUACAGUAUCUCUAGUAUCAUCUCUCUAGUUUACAUCCCUUGCUUGUGUAGUUACAUACAGUUUGAGCUGCUCUCUUGUAUGUCCUGCUGUAAGACUCCAGUAUUCAGCCAAGUAUUUCUUACAGGACUUGUGACACCGACACACGGCUGAGUUAAUGACCAACAGUGACUUGAAUAAUUGAUUGGAAUUAAAUUGAAACACUUGAUUGUCAUCAAACAGAUUCAUGACAAGACGAGAUUAAGAGCUGCCCAGUCGGCUCACAAGUAGUGAUAAAAUAGACGAUUUAAUAUAAAUAACAUUUAUGCAAAACAAACAUGUAUAUAGUGCAAAUCAAUAGGUGUGUGCUAGCAGUUCAGAGUGUGCUCGUCCAAUUGGAGUAAUGAAGAGGAGUUCAGGGUUCUUACGGCUCAAGGGUAGAAGCUGUUUUUUAGUCUUUUCGUCAUAGUCCUCAGUGACCUGUUCCGUGUGUCACCUGAACAGGAGCUGUCCAGGGUGGGAGGAAUCAGCAGAAUCAGCAAUAUGGGUCUAUUUGAUCCACUGACAAGAACAGAGCAGAGAAAGCUAAUUUUUUGGGCCUUUAGUCUUCAAAUCCACUUCAUGCUAAGGCCGGGCUGCAUAUUCAGGUGGUUUUGACUGGCUAGCACACAUAGUUUACAUUGCAGUAUACAGGGGACUGCUUCUGACCUGUUGGAUGAAUUUCUGGCAUGUUCAAAAUUUCUCUCGCAUAGUGAAAGUAGAGCCGAUUCCCCAACUUCAGGGCUUGUUUCAACGCAAAAAUGGCAGACGGUGUUAGCUUUCCUCCAAUUUUCUCUACAUCAUUGACAAACUGUUUUCUCGUUGUUUUCUCCAGCCACCUGCAGGUCCAUAAACGCCUGUUUGUUUUUUUGAUGAUUCAGCACACAGGAUGGCUCACACAGUUCAGGGCGGCGCGUUUCUGCUUUGUUAGCUUUGUAGCAACCAUCUGUCUACACGCAAGCAAAGCAGUAACGUCAACAUCAUGUGUCUCAGACUCGAACGUCUGUCUUUGGGAGUUUUUGAAGUCAACUUUAUUGAUAAUUUAGCACCUACAGUGUGUUUGAUAACUGGACCUAGAUAUUUAUGCAAUAUGUGUAAUUUAAAAGCUUUGGAUUUGCAGCAUAAAGAGUUCACUAUUGGUGUUAAUCAAGAAAACUUACUCUUAACUUGUUAAAAAUAACAGACUUUGUUUAACCUCUUCUUUUAGUUUAACGAUGGAAACGUUUUGCUCUUUUAAGAAACCUUUGAUUGCCUUAAAUGUGCUUUAAUAUGAUUUUGAGGACAGUGUCUGAAACCUCACUUUACUUUAUAGACUGUUUUAGAAAGACAUGCUAUCAUAGCUGCAGGACAGGUAACUCUAGUGUACCCAUGACUCAAGCAUGUAGGUCCACACGGCCAAAUCUACGAGGCGCUGACUGUGGGAAAAGACGGAUCAGGCUGUAAACAGGGAAAAUCCAUCAGUAUGAAUAAGUCAUGGGGCAAAGAGUGGAUGAGAGAUUACAGAGUAAAAGCAUGUGAAACAGAGGAAUGUUUAGGAAAGCUUGUACUGUGAGGCAGCAAGAAGAAGCCAUGAAGUUGGAGAUGGAGCACAUGACGCUGCGCCUGUCCUGCCGGGAUGGAAAAAGUGUGUCAAAAAGUUAAAAGUUGACUGCUUACAUGACUGCUCCACUUGUUUAAAGAUGUUUCAUUCAUGCAAAAAGACUUGAUAAUGGCAGUCACACAGGAAGUUAAAUGGGAGAUAUGGGUGAAAACUUUGCUUUUAGGAUUAAGAUACAGAGUGACCUUAUUUUGAGAUACCCAGCUGCAGGAAUUUCAUCACACAACCAGAAUUUUUUUUAAAGACUAUUACAAAUGAUUAUAUUUCUGUACACCUAAAAUGCUGGUCAUAUGGUGUUUAAGUCAUAGCACAGCCACUUGUAAUGCUGUAGGUUGCUUCACUGGUCUACUACCAGGAUGUAAACAAGCACAGAGGACAGAUGGCGUAAUGUGGCGAGGCUUUGCAGUAUUUUGAUCUAGAAAUGGGAGGUAAAGUUGUCUGGUUAAACUAGCGUAAAACCACUUGGCUGAAACAAAGUGUAAGCAGCGCUGGAAUUCGGAUGUUUACGCUUUAACUCGGCUAACUUCCAAGUUUGGCUGGUUAGCAUGUUUCCUGAGUGUUUUCUCACCUUAAAGCUCCAGUUGGGAACUCUUGGUUUGUGCUGAUUUUGGCGCCCCCUGUGGAGAAAGCAGUUUCUGCUUAUCUUUUCCUAUACAUAUUACAUAAUGUUUUCUGACAAAUAAACCCUAUACUGCUGAGUUUUGAUGGUCAGUUUAAUAUUUAUUGUUAAUAUUUAUGGAGACAGUGUAAAAACAGGGCAGUUUCUUCCCCUUUCACCGCUGUCAGGCAUUGAAAAUUACAGUAUAAAUAUUGUCUACCCUGUAACUGAUAGUCUUGUUUGCUUUUGUACAUCAUAAAAAGGCUUCAAUCUGAAUUUCAGUCUAUUUCAUUGACAUAAAAAACUCCUCACAGGAGCUUUAAGAGUACUUUAAAUGGAUGAAAGUAAAGUUUCCGUCUUUGGAAUUCCACCUCUAGAUUUAAUUACCUGUAGGUUUUUCGAUAUCUUUAAAAAGGAGAAAAAUUUAAGAUGCAGGAGAGUCUUAUUCUGUAAGUAACACAGUCGUGCUCGAAGAGUGGGUAAUUUGCUUUUACUCAGUACAUGCAAUAUAUCUUCAGGAAAUCAAUUUAAACAGAGCUGAAAAAACAGCUCAGGGGGAAUUGGCCUCAAUCAGCUAAAAGGAGAACGGACUGUAAAUGACUCAACCACAUUUAUACAAUCUAUAUAUGCAUAAAAUAUCUUUAUAACAAUCCUACUAAGUGAUUACAAGUAUCCAGAACAACUUAUAGGAAUGUUUAUGAGGGGUUUCAAGCAGCAAAUAUAUUUGAUUAUGAAGAGAAGAUGAACUUUAAUGCAAAACUGCAACAACAGCUUCUCAACUCUGGGUUUUUCUCAAAUUUUAUGCAGUUGUGAAGAUGUAAAAAAAAGAUCAUUUCUGUGAAAAUCAAUUGGAGAACAUCUUUAUCCAAACUUAAGACAUGCUGCAGUAUGACUUUAACUAGUAUGACUUAAAGCUCCAGCGAGGAACUUCUGGUCUGUGUCAGUUUUGGCGCCCCCUGUGGACAAAGCGGUCUUUGUUUUUCUUGUCUUCUGAAAGUAGUGUCUCUCAAACAUUUCAUUAGAUUUAUUCAGAAGUUGUCUGACGUUCUUUGCUCAAGGCAAAUAGUUUUAAAGAAAGCAGAUUAAAAAUUCACCUCAGCAUUAAUAGAUGGAGCUCUACAGUGGGAAUAAAAGUUCAUUUGUGAAGUGAAUCUGUGAACCAAACAUGUAUAACUCUGUUUAAAAUUUAAUAUUUACUGUGAAACACAAAAAAUUAAAGAGAAGACAAUUUUUUUAAAUGUAUGUAUUCAUAUUUUCUGAGAUGAAUGGACUUUAAUCCACUUUAAUCAACAUUCAAACAGAGGUAUACAUGCGCCCCAGUUUGCAGACAGGCUGUUUUUAUUUGGUAAUCACUUUAAUUACAUGAUUAUAUUGAUUUUCUGCCCAGCUGUAGAAAACCUUUAGUGUUAUUUAUGCAGUUUUUAGACUUUGGUGAGCCCAGGGCUUUGCUCAGCAGAGGCCUGAUGUCAUAUUCAGCUUGUAGAGCUCAUCUGGAGAUGUCUCGGCAAGAUGCAUAUACGCAACAACCCCGCUCUGUCGUCCCAAACUUAACUAAAUGGCCAGGAGCAUCAGUGCAUGCUCCAGCUCCUCUCCGGGUCUCAUAAUGUGAGCUGAUAUGUGCAAAGACUGUUUCUGUAUCCUCCUCUUGUUGAUGCCUCACUGGCAGCUCUACAAAUAGUUCAGAAGCGUUUGUCAAGUCUUUUUUUUUUUUUUAAUUUCUUGUUGGUGUUUUAUUUUUUCUCUGUUUUAUGAUGUAACGGUCUGCGCCAAACCCAAACUGACACCCCUUUGGAGCGCUGAGAUAUUUGCAUGUUUUAAUUGCCAUGACUUUUUCAUGGCGGGGGUUAUCUGUGUCGAUGGAGCGGAGCGCGGAGUCGUGCGUGCUGCUGAGGGGAGCAGAGCGGAGCAUGAUUUAUUUACUGAACUCUGCGCCAUGUGUUUUACAUACAAUAACUUUGUGUUUUCUUUCUCUCUUUGAAGACACUGAGAGUGCAGGUGGAGUAUUUUUGGAGCUUACUGGGUCAUUGUUAGCAGCAGGAGAGAAAAUGUAGGUAAUAUGUCUUGUUCUAGUUUCUAGUCUCUGUAGAUUAAAGCUGAAAGCCUGCUGCUUCUCACUCACUCUCCACUCUGUUUUCUUUGCUUUACCUUUGCUCCAGUCUCUUUACCUCUCUCUGUAUCUCACUCUGUUUUAUUGCCUCCCUCUUAACCUUAAAUCUAGUUUCUUUGACAUCCUCUCUUUAUCUCUCUUUCCUUCCUCGGCUCCCUCGUCUUUCUCUGCUCCCCUCUCUUCAGCUGUUCUUCGCUUGUUCUCUACAGCCUCGGGCUCUAAAUCAUUCAUUGCAGAAGUCAUUAAGGAUGCAGUCCUUUGCGCUCCUUAGUUUGCAGUCAUAUUUGGGUUCAGGAAUAAACAGGGAAAACCGUAGCCGGCAGACCAGAGGGGAAGUCACGUGUGUGAGGAUGGGACAGCUGAGACGGAGAACGUCUCAUCACCAGAGGCUGACCUGAUAAACUUUAGAGAGCGGAGUCUGUGUGAAUAUACAAUAUGUCUGAGUGUGUGCAUCUGCUGGGAGUUGAGGGAGCGUUCAAGGUGCUGAAGCGGGCUUGCAUCAUCCCUCUUUCAUCCUCGCUCAAUGCUGUCUGAAAAUACCUCACCUGGGCUGAGUGUUUCAGUCAAAACUUUGAUUUAAAGACGAUUACGUUCACGACAAAGUUACCCUCUCUGUUAAAUAAACUGUCAAAUAUAUCAAAUUAGGGCUGGGCGAUAUGGGAAAAAGUUAACCAUGAUAUAUUUUUUCAAAUAGGUCGAUAUUGAUAUAUAUCACGAUAUAAAAAUGAAAUUUAACAGAGCUUAUUGGUAGAAUGUCUUUUGCAUCUGUGAGGUCUUUGUGUCAUGGGCUCCUUGCUCUGCUCAGGGUUUGUAACCUUUUGCACAUGCUCUGCGGCGUGGCGCUGCUCCAAGAGGAGAAAAAGACUUGAGGUAUUCCCCGACUUUAUGAGAAAAUGUACUCGACAUCAUUUGCAGUGCACAUACCUCUGCUUCAUGUCCGACCUCGAAAAACCAAAAUACCUCCACACCGCCAACGUUUUUGUGCCAGUCUUGUCGACAAUGUCAUCAUCUGUUGAGCCUUCAUGGUCAUUUCUGCCGGGGGGUAGAACUUUUUCUCUUUUUUUCUCACCAACAGCGCUGUCAGAUUCACGUGUUAAAGUUCUAUGGUUGCCUGUAGCUGUAGUCUGCUACUACACAGUUGUUUGCUACUUGGUUCUAUUUCAGCACAUGAUUGGUUCACACAAAGCGGACCCAAAGCAACUCCCCUUUUCAUUGGCUAUUCGUGUAGUCUAUCAAAACAUGGCUGAAUGCCGACUAUUGAAAAACAUAUUGACCCUGAUUUAUAUUGAUAUUGAAGGAAAUUUUCGCCCAGCCCUAUAUCAAACGUGUUAAUUGUGUUUUUUAACCAAUUAAUGCAAAAUGGUCAACAUGUGAAUAUGAACAAAGUACAGAAUAUCAGCUCAGCUUUUGUCAGUAGAAAAUCACACAAAAACACUUAAACAAAGUGAAAGGAAAUCACCAAUCCUGUUUUUGAUCAUCUUAUUUUACUAUGUUGGUCAUGAGGAAAUAACAGUUUUAGUAAGGUAACUUUAAAAUCAGUGUAAAGCUUCUCACAGUGCCUUUUACUUUCUUCUUACACUGUUUUUAAUACAUAUUAUAGUUGGUCAGAAUUAGUGCACAGGUAGAUUUUAUUUAUUCCGUUUUACAGGUACAGUCACAUGCACACACCCACUCACACCUCCUUCAUUUCCAUCCCGAGUCAGCGUGUCCGUGAACAAAAUAAACAGGCUAUAGAACAUUGGGUCAUGCUGACAUAUGGUCCCAUCAAAAUUGGUUUUAUUUCUGCCGCUGAGUGGGAGGCACAUCUGCCGUGCAUUGGGAUGUGAUUUUAAGUGUGAGCGUGAGCCCGGCAAGAUGUGUCACCAUGUGGGCAGCACUCUCCCUCCCGAAAAACGCUCUUCAAGUCUGACUCUCUGCAUCUCUCUGCUCAUCAUUCCUGUGUUUUCAGGCCAAAAAUUGAAGUCUGUGAAUUUUCAGCAUAAAUACUACACGCCUACAGCUGCAUAUGCAGAGGACCUUCCUGUGUUUACUUUUUGUUUCAUGUGAUUUUAUUAUGCAGCGCAGCUUCUCUGUCUUCUCUGCUGGGAGGAGGAUGAGGAGACGUGGAUGCUUACAGUAAAGCUUUUCUUUGGAGGGUUGGGUUUACUGAGGGUGUGUUUGCAGCAGGCCUGUUUAUGAAAAUUCAUAAGUUAUAUUAGUAAUCAUGCAAAGUCUGUUUCGAACAACCAAAGCUGGAGUGAGCGAUAAUGACUCCCGCUCCUAUAGCUGUAUGAAAAACAGAUGCAAAUUUCUGGAAGAAUUUCGAAGCUUUAACAAGAUGAUUUGACCUCCAGCGUAGUGUUGAGUAACAUGCUGUUUGGAAUCCGAUAAAAGCUUUGCACUGUGCAUCUAUCUACGUGAGCACUCAGACAGUGCAGAUCCUCCAAGGCCAGCAGUCCAGUCUACUCUGGUAUGCAAACAUCAAAGUGAGUCUGGAUGUGUGUUUAAUGUAAUUCUCCAAACUGAAAGCAGGGGCACUCUCAGGGAUGUAGAGCUCUGUAAAAAGAAAGUGUGAUGUUACUCUCCACUGUUUCACAACCGUAAUUGUUCUAAUAUUUAAGAAAAUAUUUAUUCUGUCCAUCAUGUGCCGUUAGACUAGUCCAAUCCCUCUUAAUUGAAAGAACUAUUUCAAAAUACUAGUCAACUGAAUCUCAGCUAACUGCUCUGCGUAACCACCAAUUUCCACCGCAUCUGGAACGGAUGCAAAAAGGCUGCAUCUGCGGAUCAUAGCUGAUCGUAAUCAUUUGAGUUAACGUGUCAAUUUCCACCAGCUUCUUUACGUUCCCCUGUGGAUCGCCGGACUCUGCAGCUGAUCGCAAGAGUUUAAUUUUUUCCGGGUGCCAGAGCAUGUUGGAUAAAUUCAGCACAGAUUAACCUGGGCUGGAAAGGAAGUCAGGCACAGACACAAAAUAAAACAUCCGGCUUCUUUUCAAAGUAAAACACUCUGUGUUUCAGGAGGAUUGUAUUUCACACCAUGCAAACGGACAGGGAUGAACAAGUGAAAGGUGUAUAGAUGUCAUUUCACCACGAUGACACAGCACAAACCAUUUAUGUUGUCCCUGAUGGUCUUUUUUGCUUUUGGAAAAAGGCAUUCAUGGGAAUUUCAGUCUGUUUCAUAAACAUCAAAAAACUCCUUAUAGGAGCUCUAAAGUGAUUAGACUUCAAUGAUGUCAUGAAAGUGGCAGCAAAGUUUUGAUCUUUCUUCAGAGUUAGCCAAAACUAAUCUGUUAUUUCAUUCUUUUCAGCCAAGUUUGAUAAAAAUCAGGUGUUAAGUUUCUCUGACAAACAAAACACGACUGUAAGUGGAGGCUGAUAUAUAGUAACUUGACUGGUCUUUAAACUCUGCUUCACUUGACUGUAACCCCGUUUGACACCACGGUGACAGAGUGUCAGACUGAGGCCAUCCUUUGCCAGCAGGGCUGAACUGAGAUGAGGUCGACCAUGUCUUUGACUUAUUGAAGUUUAAGUUGUGAACGUGUUCGCCCUGGGCAAGAAUUCCUGUUUGAAGUGACAGUCUUGUCUUGUUUGAAACUCACGGUGCUCAGAAUAAAACGAGGGCUGUCCUAAUUGUUUUUGAUAAGAGUCAUUUAAUGUAGAGCAUCUGCCGACUAAUUUCAAUCCAGUAUGUCCUUGUCCUUUUUAUUAGCUUUUUAAGGCUGUAGUACCAUUUAACCAGAAUCAAGUUCAAAGAAUGGAGCAAUUCAAUCCACUUCAGAUAUUUUUAUGAGUAAUGUAGUCUUAACUUUGAGGGUUGGGGCUUUUUACAUGUGUGUUUUAAGAGGCCGAACGCCUCAUGAUCGGUCCUCUGUCAUAUAAUAACCCUUUUUUCGACUCCUUCUCUCUGUAGUGCCCUUGAUCAGGACAAAUAAUCCCCAUCAUCCCAGAAGUGCUAUCCUAUUAAUGUUAAUUUAGCUCAUUAUUUACGUUCUGUCUUUACUCAUUUCUCCUGUCAGAUGAGCGUGAGGCCGUCCAGAAGAAGACCUUUACUAAAUGGGUCAACUCCAUCCUGUCCCGGGUUGGCUGCCGGAUCUCUGACCUCUACCUGGACCUGCGAGAUGGUCGCAUGCUCAUCAAACUGCUGGAGGUGUUGUCCGGCGAACGAUUGGUAAGAAGCUUUAGAGAAAGGAAAAUCAGCAACCACUGCAUAGUUUUCAUGGUUUUACCUUUAAAAAUCCACCACUGUGUGUUUCGUCUUAUUUCCCUCUCCAGCCAAAACCCACAAAGGGCCGCAUGCGUAUUCACUGUUUGGAAAAUGUGGACAAAGCCCUGCAGUUCCUCAAGGAGCAGAGGGUUCACCUGGAGAACAUGGGCUCCCACGAUAUCGUCGACGGCAACCAUCGCCUCAUCCUCGGCCUCAUCUGGACCAUCAUCCUUCGCUUCCAGGUAAAAUUUUCCCACACCUACUCUUUAAUUUGUUUUAAAAGUUAGACUCCAUGUAACUUUGCAGUGUGAGACAAGACUCCUGUGCAAAAAUAUAUUAAAUAUGAUAUGCAACAAUAGAAAACAUCUCUAUAUAGAUUACAAUAGAUGUUAUUGAUUGCACAAAGUGUGAAGGUUGUACAUCUAUGGAAAAUUUCAGGGUACAACGUCUGCUAAUCAGUGUCUAUCUUCUUAAUAUCAACACAAUAUGCUUGUAAAUAUAAUAGACCUCAGCUGAAUUUGAAAUCUGUAUUUACCCGAGACUCUGCCGUCAUAAUAGUGGUAAUAUGAGCUUUCUAAAUCAGACAGUUACAACCCUGUUUUGCAUAUAAAAUAUAAAACCUGCAGAGUUUGACAGACAAGUCAUGGAUUUUUUUGGGUAUUAGUCUGAGCUGGAUAUGUGUUCACAUGGUGUAAGAAAACAAUUUCCAGCCUUGGGAUGUUUUUCCUUUCCUGGAAUCUGAUGCCUUCAGGUUCCAGCCGUUAUUAUCUGCUGUUAGAGGCCCAUCCAAAACAUCAGAACAUGUCUGUUUGACUCUUUUAUCUUUUUCGGAGGGGGCAUAUAUUUAUUUUUAAUUUGACAGCAACACUGUUAUUUUUAGAUGCGUUAGUUCAAACAAUAUGGCCUCCUGCAUUAUUCAGCCUUUUCAAAGAGGAAGAAGAGGAAGAAACUGAAAAAGAAAGGAGUUGACUUGGUCCUGUCGGUAUCUUUUCAGCUGCAGAAACCAAGGAGAACCAAAGCUGGCUAAAUUUAGCUGUCUCUCAGGGCCUGUCUCUCAGAUCACAUCCCUGCUCUAAUUACUGGCCUACUGUGUGGGAAAAUAAGAACCUCCAAAACUACCCCCCUGAAUUUAUCAAUUUGAUUAUCCAGCCGGCUAAUAUUAUUGAUGAUUUACUAGUUUGAAAUGUUCUGUUUUGUACCUUUUUGUGAAAAUAUUCCCACUUGGCUACAUGUUACCAUCAGAAAAUAAUCCCGCUUUGAUGGGAAACCAGGCAGUAAUUAGUCAAGUGUCAUUAUUUACCAUCCAGCUGUGCUUGUUGUUCUACAUCAGAUCCAGGACAUCAUUGUGGAAACGGGCCAGGCAGACCAGAAGGAGACACGCUCAGCCAAGGACGCUCUUCUUCUGUGGUGUCAGAUGAAAACUGCAGGGUAAGUGGGAUGUGUGACCCCUCACCACGAUCAAGCUGUUGUAAAUAUCCUCGUCGAAUCAGUUUCUUGUGAACAGCUGCAAAUCUCUGCAGUAGUUAAUAAGAACUUUUUAAGUGUGUUUGAGGGUAAAAUAGUGUUUUAACUCGGUCACAGUGACAGUCAAGUGUUUUUAUUUUAUCAUAGUGUUUGAAAAUGACCCACUGGGAUACAGGUUUAAAUUCUGUCAAGGUAUAAGAAGGGUUAAAAUUACACUCAUCAGAAACAGAAAUGUUUAAUCCUGAAGCUGUGAAUGUGCAGCUGUAACCGGUGGGACUCUGCGUUGUCAUUUAUGAUGACACCAGCAGGAUUUUUAUCGGUGUUUAUUCUGUGCAGCAGAAUGAAAGGAAACCUUAAUAACUUCACAGCCUCGCAGCCCGCCUCCACUCCUCUCCCCCAGGGAGAACAAUUAGAAAAUAUGAAUUUACACCUUCUAAAUAAACAAACAAAAAAGGACAACAAUCAUACCUGUGCAGCAGAAUGAAAGGAAACCUUAAUAACUUCACAGACUCGCAGCCUGCCUUCACUCCUAUGUGGACAGAAACACAAGCUCGCUCAACUAAAUGAACGAACGUAAGUUAAGCGGACAAAACACAACAAUAGUAACACUAAACUGUUUAAUAAACACACUACGAAAAAUAAAAGUACACAGAAAAUAAAUAAAUUAUGGAAAAAUCAAUAAUUAACCAACGGACUCCUCCAAGAAAGGAAACUCAAAUAUAAAGAAAAAGAAACCAACAGGAAGAGGGAGGCUCAAAUUAGAAUAAAUGAAAUUCACAUAAAAGUUCCACAGUUAAACACAAAAACACACAGAUAUAACUUUGGUAAAUAUAUUAAAAAAUAUUAAUAAUAUACAUUUCACCCUGUUACACAGAGUUUUGAUACUUUGCAUGCUAAAUAAAUAUAGUUUGCAGAUGGGGAGGGCAGACCUCCUCUCUGUUAAAUGUUCAUACAUUAAAAACCAAACAUGACACAUUUUCACAUUUGCUGAUUAGAUGCAUAGAAGGUUAGAGCUAUAUAUGAUAUAAGCUCGCUAUAAAAUCAGCUUAUGUAUUGUUGGCUGAGCUUUACCUGAAGUACAUCUUUGUUCGAUAUCAAAUUUCUAUAAUUAAAAGUUACAUGUUUUUAUUUAGCGUGCUGAUUUUGCGCUGAUAUGAUUUUGCCGCCUCCAAUAUUUUUUUUCUGUGAUCCGUCUUCAGCUUGAGCUAACCCACUCCUGCCUAACAUUGACUCUACAUUCAGUCUCAUUCAUAUCUUCCAAUUUGACUCUCUAUAAGAAGAACAUAAGAGUCGUGUCUCUCAAAAUGUGAAACUACUCCUUUAAUUACUGAGAGAUGAAGUUUGUCUCCUAACACUACAGUUACUCUCUGUUUCCAGUGAACCUGCCCUCACAUGAGCGUUCCUGUGAAUUUAAACAGGUCCCUCUCAGUGGGUAGAUGUUGUGUUCAGUAAUGAAUGACACUCAUUUGUUUCUGUCCUGCAGGUAUCCCAACGUAAACAUCACAAACUUCACCACCAGCUGGAAAGAUGGCUUGGCCUUCAACGCGCUCAUACACAAACACAGGUAAGGACGCACAAACUCUCCAGCUUUGAAAUGUAAACACACAGAAGCCUCUCUCUCUUCUUCCUCUCCUUGUCUCGAUCACUGUAGCUGUUUUUUUUUCUUACACACUCUCUCUUUUUUUCUUUUAGGCCGGAUCUGGUGGACUAUAGCACACUGAGGAGAUCCAACCCAACACACAACCUGCAGAACGCCUUCAACGUAGCAGAGCAGAGGCUCGGCGUGACCAAACUGUUGGACCCUGAAGGUAAAUCAAAUCACUUUGAGACAAGAGCUUGACGGGUGAUUUCCCGAGUUGGCUGACCUUUCUGCUGUUUUGCGUUGCAGAUGUGUUCACGGAGAACCCCGAUGAGAAGUCAAUUAUCACUUACGUCGUGGCGUUUUACCACUACUUCUCUAAGAUGAAGCAGCUCGCCGUCGAGGGCAAAAGAGUCGGAAAGGUGAGAUGGAAACACAUUUGACGUGUGUGUUCGCUUCUGUUUGUUUGACGUCUGACCGUCUUUGACCUCCUUUCUCCAGGUUCUCGAUCAGGCCAUCGAGACAGAGAAGAUGAUCGAUAAAUAUGAGACGCUGGCUUCAGAUCUGCUGACGUGGAUCGAACAGACCAUCAUCGUGCUGAACAAUCGGAAACUCGCCAACUCCCUGAGCGGAGUCCAGCAGCAGCUUCAGGCCUUUAACACCUACCGCACUGUGGAGAAACCGCCAAAGUGAGUAAAGGGAGACGCACCUUCUUAUUAUUUAAUCACACUUUGGUCUUUGUGGAGAAUUUGGAAACCGCUGUGGGAAAAGUGGAAUCCUUAAAUCUCUGCCUAUUUUUUUUGCAGAGGGGUGAGCCAGAGAGAGAUUCAGUGAAGGGUCUGACCUCUGACCCUUAAUUUCUACACACUGCUCCUUUAAUUCUGCUUUUUUUAACUGGCAGAGGAAAAAAAGGAUGUUUCAGAUCAUCUUAUCUGACAUUGAUUAUGUUGCUUUUGUCUCAUAACCAGAAACAAUCUCCCAACUGCAGCUUUAAUAAAAACGUUUUUUUUCAACAUGACUUUUUUAAGGAUCUUGAGAGUCUUUUUUUUUUUUAAUCUCACCCUAAGGCUUUUACUUUCAUAUUUCUGGCUAUUUGUUGUAUGAGUCACAGGAUAUCAUCAUAAACCCUUAAUGAUAUUCUUUUCCACAACACGCUCAUUAUAAGGAGGAAACUGUGUCGUUACAGAAAUGCAUUAGCAAAAGUUUUGUUAGAGGACAAAAGACAUUCUUGAGAGUAACAUAAUUCGUCUUAAAUGAGUGUCAGCUGUUUCAUCACUGUUUUGUUUUCUUUAGAUUCCAGGAGAAAGGAAACCUCGAGGUGCUGCUGUUCACCAUCCAGAGUCGCAUGAGAGCCAACAACCAGAGGGUCUACACGCCUAAAGAGGGAGCUCUGGUCGCAGAUAUCAACAGGGUCAGAACAAAGAUAACACUUUAUCGUUUACUUCUUGGUAUUUUGAGCACUACUUUUGACUAUAAAAUAUCCUUACACUGUUUAUAUUCCUCUUAAGUGACGCUUCAGUUGUAUUUCACUCAAAAACACUUAAUAAUUCUAUAAAGGAAACAUGUUUCUUUGAAUUUGGUCGCUCUUCCAGAGUUCAUGCAAAUGUCCGGUUUGAAGCUCUUUCAGCUCAAUGAAUCUUGGACAGAAUUCAUUCACUGAGCAGAGCACAAACCUAAGGCUACUAUUAAACCACAAAUUAAUUGAAUUAUGUUGGUAGUCCCAUUCAGUCAGCUGUACAUUAAGAGACAUUUCCUAAAAGAAAUAAAGGUCCGACAGAGCCAAAGGCGCUCAAAAUAUGAGUGUGUGUCUGAGAAUAAAGGGCAGAACAAGAAACUCACUUUUAUCCGCAGAAAUGUGAUCUGUAUCCAAACAAACUUCAGAGGUGUUCCUGUAUAACUUAACCUCCGACAUCUUUGUGAGCGGGUUCAAAAUGAAAAUCAAAUGUGCCGUCAGUCUGCAGCUAACAAAAACUGCAAACCCUUCACGAUCCAUUUUCCCCGUCUGUGUGCAGGCCUGGGAACGUCUGGAGAGGGCGGAGCAUGAGCGGGAGCGCGUCCUCCGGGAAGAGCUGAUCAGACAGGAGAAGCUGGAGCAGAUGGCGAGGAGAUUCGACAGGAAGGCUGCCAUGAGGGAGACGUGGCUUCUGGAGAACCAGCGACUAGUGGCUCAGGUGAAACAUCAACAGCAACACAAUAGACAUCAUAUAAAGGUGUGAUCUGAUCUGAUAGAGUUUCUCAGUUAGAUUCUCUUCAUUCAAUAUAAUUAUAAUGAAGACUUUUAAACAUUAACAUUAACCAAUUAAUAAAGCAGGUUAAUUAUGCACCUAAUUAUUCAAGAAGGCAGGUAAACAGCAGAUUUCCAUGAAAAAAUUAGGAGCGUUGAGGUACUUAAUCGUCGUGUCUGUACCUCCUCAGGAUAACUUUGGUUACGACCUGCCGGCAGUAGAAGCAGCGAAGAAGAAGCAUGACGCCAUCGAGACGGACAUUGCUGCGUACGAGGAGCGCGUUCAGGCCUUGGUGGAUAUCUCAAAAGUGCUGGAGUCCGAGCGUUAUCAUGACGCCAAAAGGAUCGACGUGAGGAAAGACAACAUCCUGCGUCUGUGGGAUUACCUGCAGGAGCUGCUGAAAGCGCGGAGGGCUCGGCUGGAUAAGAAUUUGACCCUGCAGAGGAUUUUCCAGGAGAUGUUGUACAUCAUCAGCUGGAUGGAUGAAAUGAAGGUACUGCACAGGACGCAUCAUUUCUUCACUAAUUACCCUUUUUUUUUUCUUGACACUAAGCUGAUGAGAUACCUGCCUCCUGUCUGUAGGCCCGGCUCAUGUCUCCUGACUUCGGGAAACACUUGCUGGAAGUGGAGGAUUUGUUACAGAAACACGCUCUGUUGGAGAACGACAUCGCUCUGCAGGCGGAGAGAGUUCAGAACGCAAGUGCAGCAGCUCUCAAGUUCGCCAAUGGAGACAGUAAGUGCAGCGGUUCACCAUGAUCCUUCCUUCUGCCUCUAACCGGGGAUAAGAACACUAAAUGGAUGUAAGUCAUGGACAUUGACCAGGGACGAAUAUAACACCUUAAUCUGCUUUGAGCGGACAAAUGUGUCUGCAGCAUCAUGAAAAACUCCUCAAAAGUACUUCAAACAGGUUUAACACACUUCUUAGUCCCACUGUGAUUUCGUUCACUUUAGAAAGUUUCUGCUUUUGUCGGGGAAACAACCUAAACACAGUUAUAUUUAAAAAGUUAAGUUUACUUUAUCCCCCAGAUGAAGGUCUGAGACACUCUUGGAUUUGUUUAGUCUUUCAUAAUAAGAAAAUAUUGUAAGCCAGUAAAUACGUGAGCAAAAAUGACAUAUUUCAAACAUUAUAUUAUUUUUUAUCCCCAGCCUACAAGCCAUGUGAUCCUCAGGUGAUCCGGGACAGAGUCCAGCAUCUCGACUUGUGCUACCAGGAGAUUUUAGCCCUUGCAGCCCAGCGGAGGGCCCGUCUGGAGCAGUCCCGCCGCUUCUGGAACUUCCUGUGGGAGGUGGCGGAGCUGGAGAGCUGGAUCAGAGAGAAGGAUUACAUUUUCUCCUCUCUGGAUUAUGGCAAAGACCUGACAAGCGUGCUGGUGCUCCAGAGCAAACACAGCGCCUUUGAGGAUGAGCUCGGGGCCCGUCGUGCCAACCUGGAGCAGGUGUUGGCUGAAGGAGACAAGAUGAUCAAGGCUAAGCACUUUGGCUCCCCGAAGGUUAAAGAGUGCAUGGAUGACAUCGCGAGGCAGUGGCAGAUGCUGGAGGAGCUGGCUGCGUUUAGGAAACAGCAACUCCAGGACAUGCAGAAGUUCUUCCAGUUUCAGGGAGACGCUGAUGACCUCAAGGCCUGGCUGCUGGACGCUAAGAGGCAGAUGAGCAGCGACGACGUCGGCCACGAUGAGUACACCACAGAGCGGCUACUGAAGAAGCACAACAACCUGAAGAAUGAAGCCAUCAAGAACGGAGCAACGAUAGACGCUCUGUCCAAACAGGCUAAUGCUCUGCCAGAGGAGCUGCAGAACACCCCUGACAUCCAGAGACGACUCAAGGACAUCAAGGACCUCUACAUGGAGCUCAUGUCUCUGGCCGACCUGAGACAGAAAAAGCUGGACGACACCAUGGCUCUGUACACAAUCUUCAGCGAGACGGACGCCUGUGAGCUCUGGAUGGGCCAGAAGGAGACGUGGUUGGUGGGGUUGGAUGUGCCUGAGAAGCUGGAGGACCUGGAAGUCGUACAGAACAGGUACACAGAAAAACAAUCUCAUUAAACACCUCUGUAUUAUACUUAGGGGUGUCCCGAUAUGAUAUUGAUAUUGGAUAUCGGUCUGAUAUCAGCAAAAAAAUGAAUAUCUGAUUAUAUCGACGUGCAUCUAAAAUCUCUGAUAUCAGCACUCCAAUACAAGCAGUCCAUUCCAGACUCUGUUCCUGCACCUCUAUCUAACAGCGCCCUGAUCCAGCAGGCUGAGCUCACAGAAUCAUAACAACAGUGUGUACUAAGGUACUAAUAAAGCAGCAUGGAGUAAGAGUGAUGUCGGCCUUGUGGCAGUACUUUUCGUUAAAGUUCGAAAAAGACGCUGCAGCUGAGUGAAAAACUUGUCAUGCACAAGUUUAUGCCGAUAUCGGAUCAAUAUCAGCAUCGGUCAAGAUUGAAGGCUACAAUAUCGGUAACCUUUCGGAAUUAAAAUUUUUUUAUCUGGACAUCCCUAAUUAUAUUAUUACUUUUAUUAGAUUUACUGUAAUGAACCUGGAAGUAAAAGAUGAAUAAAAACAGUGUUUAACAUGUAAGCCACGCCAAAUGAUUGAUGUCUUUAUUUUACAUACAUAAAAAAAUGAUCAAAAAGAUGAACAAAUCCCAUCAAAAAGUUCUGAAAUGAUCCAAUUUACACAUGUGAUCAGGAGAAGGAGGCAUUACAACCUUUUUACACCCACCCUUAUCUUUGCUUGUUAUGCACUGACAGUAACUGCAUUAUUUAAACCCUGAGUCUCAGAUCUACCAGCGCUGUGAUGAUCAUCAUUAUUUUCAACUUACAGCCGCUUAAUUUGACCUUCUUUGAAUCCAACUAAUAUACACACUUAAAGCAGCUGAACAGAGUUUUCAUUUUCUGUUGAUUUUGGCAGCCACUAUGGACAAAAUCAGUCGUGUUUUAGCACAUAUUGUCAUAAAGACACUUACCUGGCUUGCACGUCAUGGCUCCAAAAAACGAACUUUUUUGAGUAGUUUGACGCAACUUUGUAAAUGUAUUUAAAAUGGGAAGUAUGUGUCGUCUUUGGUCCCGACACGACCACUGGCUCCCGUUUUCCCUGUUUUCACUGUUUAGAAAUAGCUCUUUGCAAUAGCUCAAUAGCACAGAUGGGCUCAUGUGCUGUUGCAGGUGACAGGGAGACAUCAGCAGAAACAAGAGAUUUUUUCAAAUCUUGUUAAAAGUUCCUUGAUGGACGUUUAAGUAUUCAUAUAGAAAGCUACAAGCAUGCCUAUAUACUGAAACGCAAACAAACAAAUCUUCAUAUAUGCAGACAAAGCUACAUCCCGAUCUAUUAGCAUACAAACUGAAACAAAUCCCUCAAAUUAACGAAGGCUUUUCACCCCCAUCAUGAUUUUUUGUUUAAUUUUUAACUCUGUUUUUCACUUUUCCAGGUUGAGUAUUCUGGUUCAAGAGAUGGCAAAUGUUCAGCAGAGAGUGGAUGACGUCAACAAAGCCGUGAAACAGCUGGAGGACAGCCGACACCCUCGCACCAAGGAGGUCAAAGACUGUCAGAGCCGGCUGAACAAGAGGUGCUUUCAAGGUUUUUUUCUGUUUAGUGCCAGUUUCAUGAAUUUGACGGUCAAAAUUUUUCCCACUUUCCUCGUCAGUUAUGAAGUGUAACAUAUAAAUGACAAAAAUCCAAUUCUAGGAAAUUUCCCAGUUUGCAAUGAAGCCUAUUAAAAGUUUGGUUUGUAACCGGUCUAUAAUUGGAAUUAUGGAAAUUCAGAACAUGGAGUCGGUGUUCAAUCGGAUGAACUUCCAAUUAUUUCCACUUAAUUACAAACAAGCUGUUUCAGUCGGUGCGAGGCGGGCCGCUUGGACAUGCAGAAAUGGGGAAAUUUGUCCACAGGGAUGCAUAAUAAUAACAACUUGGUGAGAAAUUAAACCAAUUUAAUUGAGUUUACAGUGAAUGAAGCCGUUCUUCCGGGGGAUUACUCAUUCGUCAUGAUUAGCAGGAAAAUUGCUCGGCUUUGGGAUUUGUUGGAAAUUUUUAGGAUGUAAAAAUGUGACCAAAGUUUGACAGAGAUGUUUAAAGGCUCAAGGUGGAGUUUCUUACACAAAAGUGAUUUUUUUAAAGUGGUUUCUAUUAAAUGAAUUGUUCUCCUCUUUUAGGUGGGAGGCCUUCAAAGCUAUGGUGGAGGAAAAGAAGAGGAAAGUGGACUCGGCUCUCAGUUUGCACAACUAUGGGCUGGAGUGUGAUGAGACAGAGGCCUGGAUCAAAGACAAGACACGGGUGAUCGAGUCCACACAGGACCUGGGCAAUGACCUGGCAGCUGUCAUGACCAUCCAGAGAAAACUGUUUGGCAUGGAAAGAGAUUUGGCCGCCAUUGACACCAAACUCACCUUCCUGAGGAAUGAAGCCGACCAGCUGGCAAAGGACCACCCGGAGAACGCUAAUGACAUCUUGGCCCGCAGAAAGGACCUGGAUGCUGCCUGGGACACUCUCAAAAAGACCCUGAAGGACAGAGAGGACUCUUUGGGGGAGGUGAGCAAGUUACAGACCUUCCUCCAGGACAUGGAUGACUUCCAGUCGUGGCUUUUCAAGACCCAGAAGGCUGUAGCGUCAGAGGAAAUGCCUGCAACUCUACCCGAGGCCGAGGAGCAGCUCAGUCUUCACGAUGCUGUGCGUGAAGACAUUAACAACCACGAGGAGGACUAUCACCGCGUCAGGGACACUGGUGCUCAGGUCACACGGGGUCAGGAGGAUGAUCCUCAGUACCAGCAGCUGGAUCAGAGGCUGAAGGGCCUGGACCGGGGGUGGUAUGAGCUGCAGAAGAUGUGGGACAGCAGGAAGAACUUCCUGGACCAGGGUCUGGGAUUCCAGCAGUUCAUGAGGGACUGCAAGGCUGUAAAUGCAAUUCUGAACAAUCAGGUACUGUUUUUAAAAAAUCACACUCAUUGUUCUUCUUCUGGCAGAAAAGUCGUUUAGUUUCACGGAGUUAAGGUUGACGUUUAAUUAUGGGGUUAGAGGUGCUCGCAAAAAUGUGGUUAGAAGAAUGCAGCGCGGUCAGUUACCAUGUUACCGCCUGUUUGUCAGCUGGCUGUGUGUCUUUUUGUUCAGUUUCCUGUCCUCUGUUUGCAGGAGUACACCCUGGCCCACAUAGACAAGCCUGACACCUUGGCGGGGGCAGAGAAAGCCUUGAAGAAGCAUGAGGACUUUGUGAGCACCAUGGAGGCCAACGAGGACAAGAUCGACGGCACCCUGCAGAGCGGACAGCGGCUGGUGGACAGUAACAACCUGUACUCUGGGAAGGUUCAGGAGAAAAUGGACUCAAUCAGAGACAGGUCUGUUAUUAUGGGUUUUUUUUUAUUUGCAAGAAACUUUUACCAAAAGAAUUAUUAUUUCAACCACAUUUGGUAUCGAUGAACAGAUUUCAACUCAGAGAAAUCUUCUCUUUUGUUUACUUCCCACACAGGAUUAAUCUAAUUAAUGCCCCGUCAGAAGGAAUAUUUAAUCAAAGGCAGAAAUUACCAAACAUCUGUGGCAUCAUUUAUUAUUAACAAACAGCCUUACAUCGGUGUGAAUAUGGUGUAUUCUUCUGCAAAAACAAGUGAAGUAAUUUUUCUUGGAAAAUACUAAAUCCUCCCACUCUCAGUUUAUAUGUCCCAUUAAAAUUUUAUGUUUUACAUUUACAAAGUUACUGAUACAGAGAGAAACAGUAAUAAAAAAAACAAACAGGGGAGAAAUUCUGCAGAUGGUGGAUGUAAAAGUAUUAUAAAAAUCCAACAUUUAUUAAGAAACUAAAUCAGCACCUUGACAAGGGCAGAUUCUGAAGACUUAUGGAAAGUUUAUUUCAAACAAAAUCGAUUUCAGUUUCUAUUUCUUCACCCUUGACAGGUCGACAAAAACAAGUUUGAAAGUCUAAAUCAAUACGUGCAGCCUCAAGGAGAUGGACUCAGACAAAGCAGAGGGUCUAUCGUUUACUCUGGAUAUGACGAAAAUCACAAACUUAAUCCCUCUAACCACCAUUGUUCAUAGUGAGUUGAAUGCAGAUAGUGAACAUAGAAGUACGCAGAAUAAAACGGUUUAGAUACUCGACAGUGUCUGGGACAAUAGUGUCCUGACACCAAUAUGAUAGCCUGGCUGUGUUGCAACUAUAGAUUGUAUAUAGAAUGGACGCCGUCUGCCUCCUCGCUGGGUGAAGCCACCGAGAACAGCACCCUCUGGUGACGGGCUGCAGUAUAGGUCAUAAAUCCCGCCUCCUCCAGCAAUCCCUAUGGAGCUGUGGACAAACAUAACACAGUUAUCCCUGUAAAUUAGGGAUAAACAAUUAAUUAGUAAACCCCAAAUUUAUGCCACAGCUACUAAUAAAUCAGCCAGUCUCUAAUAAUAACUCGUUAAACAUUAAGACUAAAUGCAAGUUGUAGGUUUCAGUUGCAACAGUCUGAGUUUUACAUGUUUUUGUUUUUAUUUAUCAUGAUCAAUAACAUGCACAACCGCACAUAUCCCAUGAUGCUCACUCUUGUUUUUAAACCGCAGGCAUCUCUCUGCUUUAAACCAUCAUGAGAUAACCUCCUUCUCAUUUCUUUUAUCGCAGCCUGAGUCCAGAAUAAAUACUGCAGGGGGGCUUAUCUGACGCAGGAAAAUACAUUCCUCCCUCCUUCUUCUGCUUCUUCUUCUUCUUCAUCAGGUUUUUACGAGCUCAGCAGUAAAACAGCUUUCCUAUCACUGUAUCUUUAGUGUCAACAAGAGGCAAUAGAGCGGGCCAGGGAGCUUUUCCCGUUAACUCCCACAAUUCAGUUCGGUAGACAGGCGGUGCAAUAAUGGAUAUUGAUCUUAAAGUAAGAAGUACUCUUCACGCCGUAGCAAAGAAACAGAUGACUGUUUUAGGUUACUGUGUCAGGUGUUUUAUUUUUUGUAUGGAGGAGGAAUGAUUCACUCUCUUCUUCUUGCUGUUCAGCGAUGCAUCCUGAUACGUCAGGGGUAGGUAGAGGGGUUGAAUGAGAAGAUAUACUCAGAGGGUGGCUGUCUUUGAAAUGUUUUCAUCUUGACCUUCAGGCGUAACAAGAAUAAAAGGAGAGCCCAGGAGGUGUCAGAGAAGCUGAGAGACAACCGCCACCUGCAGCAGUUCCUGCAAAACGCUCAGGAUGUGAGUUCACCGUCGGUUUACUUACUGCAGUUACAUCAAAUUUUAUGUGAAUCAUACGUUUAAUUAUUCCCUGAAACUUGACUCCACAAUUUGCAAACAUACUCUGCUCUGUUUACUAUAGUGAAACACCUCUCUCAGAGUUAAUGUACAUUUUCCUUAUUUGGAAUAGAGGGCCCCAUUUGGGUAAUUAGUAAUCGAUCUGCUCAGUGAUUAAGGAGUAAAUCCUGCUCAAAUGAAGUCACCUCUCUCUAAAUCUAAUACACUGUCCUUCCCAAGGUUUUGGCUGCAUGUGCUUGAGUUUAAAGAAGUGAUUUAAAUCUUUUUCAUCAAUGCUCCUCAUAUUCACUCUCAGCUGACUCUAUGGAUCAACGAGAAGAUGCUGACAGCUCAGGACACGUCGUACGAUGAGGCCAGGAACCUUCACAGUAAAUGGCUGAAACAUCAGGCCUUCAUGGCAGAGCUGGCUGCCAACAGGGACUGGCUGAACAAACUGGACCAGGUCAGUAACAUUGGAUGUAUCAGGUUAAUUUACAUGUUACAGGAUGACAAAAAAGGAUUGAUGUAGUACAUAAAAAGUUGUUUAUUCUCUUUUUGCAAAGCAGGUUUGAAGCUGAGAUGAGGGAUCUCACUAAGGAAUUAUUUCCUGUUUAAAUGGAGGUUUUUUAGUGUUCGAUCAAAGAUGCUUUAACUAAUGUACUUUGAAUCUUAUUUUAAUUUUAAUUUUUUAUUUUAUUGUAUGAUGUUAUGUUUUAUGUUCUAUGUAUGUUGUAAGGCAACCUUAAGUGCCUUAAAGGCGCCCUAACAAAUAAAAUAUAUAAUAAUAAUAAUAAUAAAAAUUAUUAUUAUUAUUAUUAUUAUUAUUAUUAUUAUUAUUAUGGUUAUUAUUAUUAUUAUUAUUAUAUUAUUAUUAUUAUUAUUAUUAUUAUUAUUAUUAUAACUGUUUUUAUUAUAAUUAUUGUUAUUAUUAUUUUUUGUUACUAUCAUAAUUAUUAUUAUAAUUAUUGUUAUUGUUAUUAUUAUCAUGAUUAUUUUGAUAAUAAUAACAAUAAUAAUAAUAAUAUGAGAAAAUAUUAUUAUUAUUAUUAUUAUUAUUAUUAUUAUUAUUAUUAUUAUUAUUAUUAUUAUUAUUAUUAUUAUUAUUAUUGUUAUUAUUAUUAUGAUUGUUGUUAUUAUUAUUAUUAUUAUUGUUAUCAUUGUUAUUGUUAUUUUUGUUAUUGUUAUUAUUGUUGUUAUUAUUAUUGUUACGAUGAGCCCAGGUAGACAGAAACACACUAUUAUUUUCUUUGCCCUUUUAAAACCAGCUGCAGAUUUAGCCUCUAUGAACAAACUGGUUUGUGUUUUUCUCUCUGUUUAUUUCUGGAUACAGGAGGGCCAGGAGCUCAUGGAUGCAAAGCCAGAGUUCGAGCCCAUCAUCAGGGAGCGUCUGGCCAAACUCCACGAGCUGUGGGACAAACUGGAGUCCACAACCCAGGAGAAAGCCCGGCUGCUGUUUGACGCUAACCGCUCCGAGCUUUUUGACCAGAGCGUGGCAGACAUAAAGAAGAGUCUUGUGGGGCUGCAGCAGCAGCUCCAGAGCGGGGACGAGGAAGUGAAGGACCUGACUAACGCCAACAUCCUCCUGAAGAAGCACCAGGUCCGUGUCUUUACUUUUCUUCGUUUGGACUUCUUUCAGAUCAUACAGAGUAUGCAGUCUUCACACAGUAAAAAUGAAAAGUUAAAAUCUAAGGUUUUGUUUUUUUUAGAGGAAAAGUGCACCAUAUGUUCUUGAAAUUAAAUUACAGCCUGUGUUUUAUUCUAAAGAAGUUUGUAGUCUCACUUUCUCAAACAAACUAACUUUUGGUGUGUUACCGCUCCGCUACAUCCUGAUCAGACACCUGAGAGACGAUUUAUCUUUUCCUCUAAUUGUGUCCCCCCCCACACCAGAUGACAGAGAACCAGGUGCGUGACCGCGCGCGGGAGCUGGAGGAGCUCCAGGAGGCCAUCAGGAAGCACAGCGGAGGCAGGGAGGACCAGCCUGAGCUGGAGGCUGAGCUGCAGGCUCUGCAGGCAGACUUUCAGCAGCUCCCCACGCCCCUGGCCCAGCGCAAGGGCAAGCUGGAGGCCGCCAAGGCCGUCCAUCAGUUCUACAGGGACCUGGCUGAUGAGCUCGUAAGCAUGCAAACAGUUAUGAAGAAAAUGUAGAGGCUGGUUGAACAAGCAUAUGCUCCAUGUACAGAGGCUAAAGCCGUCAUUGCUGCGGUCACAGGUUCGACUCCUGACCUCAAGUCUUUGUUGUAUGUCUAUUCUUCUGCUCCCCACAUUUCCUGUCUAUUGUGAUUGACAGUUUAAGAUCUCCUGAGACUCACAGCUCAGACACAUUCAAGCUGGAACUUUAGAGGGUGUCUGAGAACUUUUUAAUUCGGAAAUUAAGAAUUCAAUUACACUCUGUGUACUUGGUAUGCAUGAGAGUACCACCACCCACUCUCUCCAUGAAAUUGACUCUCCAGGUGAAUCUUUGUAAAAAAGCUUUUAAUCCCUUAUAGGUUUCACUGUCUAAAACCACUAAAAUCAGGUGGGAAAGAAGCUUUGAGGAGGUUUUUUUUACUGUUUAAGGUGUUGGAGACUUUUGUUUCAGAGUAAAAUGCAGCAUAAGAAAGGUGGUCUUAACAUUUUUAUCCUCCGUUUAUCAGAAAUCUGUAAAAUCUCACAACAAACGCCGGCGCAAUAACUCUUUACUCCUUCUUCGUUUCGUACUCAGCUCUGGAUCGAGGAGAGGAUGCCCCUGGCAAUGUCACAGGAGCACGGCCACAAUCUUCAGACCGUGCAAAUGCUGCAGAAGAAGAACCAGGUAAGGGGUUUGAUUCUGUUGAGAAAGAGUUGUAGUAAAUGAAGCUGCUUUUUGGUACAGAUGUAAAAUACUGUGCAAACUUCCUGUCAAAGAAGCUCUAGUUAGAAAGACAUAACACAACGAAAAUAGAGCAAAUAUUAAAGGCAAAUAACAUAUAAAUUAGAUCCAGUAUUUUAACAGUAUAAAGUAAGAAGUUCAGCAUGGCCAGCAGUCAAGGAAAGGCCAGAUGAUGUACGUGCGUUUCAGGAAAGGAUUGAAAAGAGGACACUGAGUCUGACAUCUUACAGCAGCGAGUCCCUCAGCUGUGAAGCCCAAAGUCUCAGUCACCUUUGAAACCAGUAGAGAUUUAUGAACCACUAGCAGAGCCCUGCUGGAAGACCUCAGGAUUCAGUCCGACUCGUAGGGAGUUAGCAGUUCAGUGGAUUCAAAGACAAGCAGUAAAAACUCCGAAUCAAUUCAGAAACUCAGAGGUAGUGAAGGGCAGCGAGGAUGGUGUUUUAUAAUCGUUCCUCUUGCUCCGUGCUGAAAGCCCGACAGCAGCAGCAGCAGCAGCGUUUAGAUAUAAUUGAAGCCUUUAGAUGUUGCGCUUGUUGUUGCAGGAGUAGAUUGCAUCAUUACAGUCAAGUCUUGAAGAAAUAGAUGCACGGAUGACUUUGUCUAAAACAGCAGGAGAAAGGAAAGAACUGAUUUUAGUUGAUUGUCAAAGCAGGAAGACUUCACUUUCGUCAGAGUCAAGCUGUUGUUAUUAUACCUACACUGUCUCUGUCCCUCAGACGCUGCAGAGAGAAAUCGAGGGCCACCAGCCCCGCGUCGAUGAGGUGCUGGAGCGAGGGCAGAGGAUGGCCGCGGCCGCCAGCGCAGAAGGCAGACCGGAGGCCGAGCGGAUCGCCGACCAGGUGAAGGAGCUGGAGGAGGCGUGGGCGCGGCUGCAGGACGAGAUGGCCAAGCGCAGAGAGAGGCUGAACGGCUCAAACUUGGCCCAGCAGUACUUCAACGACGCGGACGAGGCUGAAGCGUGGAUCGGGGAGCAGGAGCUUUACAUGAUCGCUGACGAGAAGGCGAAGGUGAGGAGUGAGACGGAUGGACGAAGAAUUCAGCUGAAACACUGAUCUUAUUAUUUAAAACAAAACAAAGCGUGUCACGUCGUGUAAAUACCAAGAGGCAGUGUGUGCAGUAACAUGAUUAUAUGGUUAGUGUUCCCCGCAAUUAGGGUGACACACUUCUUUAAAAACGGCAUCCUCUGCUGAGAGUAUUUGGUUCUGCUUUGACGUCUCCUGUUCUCUUGUUUUUUGCAUAAUUACCUCAAUUUUCUCUUUUUUUAUUCCUCAUUCAUCCUCCUCCUCCUCCUCUUUCUCUUUCCAGGAUGAGCAGAGUGCCAUGCUGAUGCUGAAGCGCCACAUGAUCUUGAAGCAGGCUGUGGAUGACCACGCCGACUCCAUUCAGAAACUGGCCGACCGUGCCCAGAAACUGUUUUCUGAGGAUCAUCCUGACGGGUGUGUGUUUCCUCGUUAGGAUGCCGAUCACUGCCGCUGUUUCAGUCAAAUGUGCUUUAGCGUGAUAAAGAAGACAGGCCCUAAAAAUGGGAUAACUUCUGUUACAUAAUCACGCCUCUCAUCUAGUGUAAACCUAAAUCCAAUCUUUUUCUCAUUUUCUCCCUCCUGUCGCAUCUCAUUUUCUCCUCACUCUCGUCUGCAGUGAGGAGAUCAUUAGGCGGCAGGGUCAGGUGGAUAAGCAGUACGCGGGCCUGAAGGAGCUGGCGGAGGACCGCAGGAAGAAACUAGACCACACCUACCACCACUUCCUGCUGAGCCGGGAGGUGGAGGACCUGGAGCACUGGAUCUCAGAGAGAGACGUGGUGGCCUCCUCUCAGGAGAUGGGCCAGGACCUGGAUCACGUCACAGUACGUAACAUUAACGAGAACAAAAUGUGAUUAGAGUCUUUUAUUUUGAAGGGUUAUUUUUGGGGCUUUUUGUAACUUUAUUGAGAAGACAGUGGAUGGAGGUGGAAAUAGAGUGUGAGUUUUAACCGCUGAGAUAAAUAAUCAGAUUUUUAGAGGAAAAAAGGGUAACACUUUACAAUGACCAUAACUUAUAAACGGUAAAUAGACCAUUUAUAAAUGUUCAGCAGAUAGUUUAUUAAUGUUUAAACAUUGUUUAUAAAUAGCAUAUAGACCUUUAAUAAAUUGUAAGUUUUACAAUUUUAAAAACCUAACCCUUACUUUACAAUAACCAUCUAAGUAAUGUUUAUAGAUGGUUUAAAUACCAAAUAUUUACCAUUUACAAAGUGCUGCUGACACACAUUUUAAUCUAGAUGUUUUACAACCAAUAUUUAAACCCUAUAUAAACCUUUAAUUAAGAGUCCAUUAAUAAUUAAUGAACAUUCUUAAUUGCUUGUUAAUGGUGAAGUAACUAUUAACUUAUAUUAAACAUAAACUAUCUCUUUACCAUUUAUAAAUUAUUGUUAUUGUAAAGUGUUACCAGAAAAAACAGGAAGGGCUCCAAACAAGCCUGCCAUAAAAAUUAAAAAAAGAAGAUUCACCUUUUUAAUGUUUUGUGUCUUCUUAAAAUACACAAAACAAAUGAGGAAAAUAAUCCUUUUUUUUUUUUAACAUUUUUGUUUAUUGGAUUUUAAACACAAACAGGUAAAAGGUUAACAGUACUCAUAAAUGACAGUGUUGUAAACUUACAUCAACAAACAGGCAAACACACAAACAAAAAAGAAUUGAUGAAAUAAAAUAUAAUAAUAAUAUGAACAAUGUUGGUACAGGGUGGUCAGCCAGGUCAUCAUGGCUGUUAAUACACAUAACAAGUUCAGUCCUUAAAGCAGGGUCGUAAAGGGAAAACAAAAGAAAAAAUAAAGAAAUACAGAUCGCAAUACACCUAUUACCAGGCUUGACAGCUGGACAGAAGUGUCGGCUUUGUCCGCAGCAGGACAAAGUGGGGAAGUAGUCUUUUCUGCAUAAGUAAGGAGGGGACCCCACACCUCUCUGAAUUUACGAGAGGACCUCUUUAAUGUAUAUCAAAUUUUUUCAUGUAUUAGGUUAUUGAAAAUUUACUUUAACCAGAGGAAAUGUGAAGGAGGUCUUGUUGGAGCUAAGAAAGUAACAAUGAUCCAGUUUUUACUCGCUGAUAAUCAUAUUUCAUGUGUAAUACUGCAGAUUUUGCAUGUGCAAAUGUUUCAAAGCAAAGAUUCACAGUGAGUGAUACUCACUCAGUGAAAUCAGUAAAGAUUAGUUUGUCUAAAAAGUUCCUCACAUGAACAUAAAACUCAAAACCGUUCACUGAAAACGAGUCCAAGUGCUGGAAAAAGUGGAGAUUUUACAUUAUUGAAGACUGGAGCUGCAGUGGUUAGCGCUGUUUCCUCACAAUAAGAUGGUUUCUGGUUUGAGUCUCAACUGGGACUUUCUGUGGAGUUGAAAUGUUGUUUCUGUGCAGGUCUGAGUUCCUCUUAGCGAUCUGGUGAAUUCCCACAGUUUUAUUUACUUCUUCUUCUUCUUAACUGACUCUAAGCUGCCUGUAGGUGUGAGUAUGAACGGUUGUCCCUCUUGUCAGCUCUAUGACACUGACAGCUGGUAUGGACCCUGUCGACCCAGAAUGUGAUCAGCAGAAUAGAUAACAAAUAAACUGAUUAUUUUACGUAUAUUUAUUUCACACGUUCAUCUCAAGCUGUUGAAAAAUCAGCCAGUGUUGUUGUCAGCUGGUCGGUUGUCUGUGCAGCAUGUUAAAUAGCUCUCAAAGGUGCUGUGAUGAUAAAAUGUGACGACUAUAACAAUCAAAUGAACUCACAGAUGCAUGCAGAAAAGAUGUAAACUGAUUUUAUCUCGCAGACAAUCCCAAACUCCAUUUGUACAAUUCAGACAAACAGAAUUCUGCAAAUUAUGCGAGUGUUUCAUACAGAAGGAGAGAUCAUUUGCUUAUUUUAUGCUUUUGCGGCCUUGUGAUCACAGAGCGACUGUUUUUGAUGAGCAAUCGCUGCAUGAUCAUCGAGCAUUUAAUUCCAAAAUCCUCUCUCGCAGAAGAAACUGUGUCCCCAACUUCCAUACGAGAGAAAAACAACAUUUUUCAUCUAGUGUUGCUUGAUUUUUUUUAAGUGUAUUUUUCUUUUUCUGCUCCAGCUUCUGAGGGAUAAGUUCAGAGAGUUCGCACGGGAGACGGGGAUGGUGGGUCAGGAGCGGGUGGACCUGGUGAACCAGACGAUAGACGAGCUGAUCGAAGCCGGCCACACAGAGGCGGCGACGAUGGCGGAGUGGAAGGACAGCAUCAAUGAGAGCUGGGCAGACCUGCUGGAGCUCAUCGACACCCGCGCUCAGCACCUCACCACAUCCUACGAACUGCUCAAGUAAGAAAAAGAGAAAAAGAGUGCGAGUUAUCUUUAAAGACUCUUUGCCUGCAAAUGACUGUGAAUUAUUUUGAUAGGAGCUUCAAUUUCUCGAAUCAAACCAAUUAGAAAUAAUUCAUCCUGAACUUGAUAACAUUACACCUAUCACAGCUGGUGGGAUGAUGAAUGUGGUAAUAACAGACAAAGCCAAAGAGACCCUGUAAUCAAUCGUGUUAUUUUUUUUUAAAGGUACUUUGACGACGGGAAGGAGCUGGUGGCUCAGAUCCACGAGAAGCAGAAAGAGCUGCCUGAAGAUGUGGGAGAGGACUUCAGCAAAGCCGAGUCCUUCCACAGGAUGCACGCCGCCUUUGAGAGAGACAUCAGCGCUCUAGGCAAACAGGUACAACACAGGGGAUCAGACUUUUUUACUCUGAGGGAGCACAGCGGGCAGCGGCCAGGAGGCAAACUCUGAUGAUUCAUGUUUAGAGAACGCUGCAUCUGUUGGGCAACUGUGAGGAGUUUUUACUCAGAGGGUGAGACCCCUAAAUAGUUUCCCUGGAAGAGAAAUCUAACAUUUAUAACUACGACUAUCUUCUCUGAGAUUGUGGCUCUAUUACAGUCAAAUCUCUGCGACUGAUCUGUGAAAAUAAAGCCGAAAAACUGCAGUUUUAGCAGGAAACGGAAGAUCCUGAAAGUUGUUCCAUUAAGUUUACAUUAUUGAAGUUAUUUACUGCAGGUGUAUAAAAAUAAAUCUACAGAAACCUCUCAGACCCUGUAGUUUUAGCUGUAUGUGUUAAUCAUCUCCGCUUCAGUUCACUUUAAACUUUGAUUUUAUGGAUGUGGCGAGAGGUAAAGGAUUGGUGGAGCCGCCGUAGGCCGGCACAGGCAGAUGUCUCAACUCGUCUUUGUCGACUCUUGUCUGUCUGAGUUGUGAAGUCCUUCUGUUUGAUUAAAUUUUGAUGAAGAGGCCACUUAAAAAGUAUUUCACAGGGUUCAGACAGUUCAUCAAACUUUAGUUAGAGAUAAAAAUAAUGAGCCAAAGAGAGAAAUAAAUCAAACUGCUGUAUGAGGAGGUAGAAACAUGUGUCAUGGUUAUUUAUGUGCCAAUAGUAAAUCAAUGCGACACUUUGGAGGCACAACAACAGCUGGAUUGCCAGAAUUGAAAUAUCUUUUAAUCUAAUGUUCGUUUGGGAAUAAAUAGAAACUCUUGGUUUAUAUCAACCUGAAUGUAAAACAUAGAUAUGUCAUUUAACAUCGAUGAUCGUCUCUUUUCCUUCAGGUUCAGCAGUUCCAGGAGACGGCUGCUCGGCUCCAGGCUCAGUACGCAGGACAAAAGGCCGAGGGCAUCCACGCCACGGAGCGAGAGGUGAUGGAGGCCUGGAAGGGUCUGUUGGAUGCCUGCGAUGGUCGCAGGGCGCAGCUGGUGGACACGGCCGAGAAGUUCCGCUUCUUCACAAUGGUGCGGGAUCUGAUGGCCUGGAUGGAGAGCAUCAUCCAGCAGAUAGAGACUCAGGAGAAACCCAGGUGAGCACGACUCAGACAAGAACUUCACGGUUUGAUCGGAGCAGAGAACUUUGAGGCGCUGUGAGGAGUUUUAUCAUUGAUUUGGUUCUGGAUUUGGACAACAGACCAGCUGUGUUUUUCUAGGUACAGAAUAUUUGUGAAAUGGAAAAUUCUCAAGAAGAAAAAAAAACUCCUGCUGCCUGAUUUUACCAACAGAUUUCUAAACACAGAGACUCCUGGACCAGUGCCAAAUAUUGCCUCAGCUUUUCUUAUAAAAAUAUCAAACCCAGGCUCCAAAAUCCAACACAAAGAAACAACCAAUCAAGCCAAUGAUAGUUUCUUUUGACUCUGUAGUUCAUGAAGAAGCAUCAGUUUAAGAGUGAGACUUCUCACAGACCCUGGAACACUCUCACUAAAAUCAGUAACACCAUCACUAUCGGCGGGUGAUUUUUACCCGAAAUAAUAUAUCCAAGAAAAAGUACUUGUCAUUAAAAUAUAUCAAAAUACAUGACAAAUUAAAGUAGUUUUAUUUUAUUUUUAACUGUGUAAUGUGCAAAGGGAGGGAAUAAAGCACCAUGAGGGGACCAUAUAUAAAUGCAACAAAAUAACUGAAAUUAGGCAUUCAUGAACAAAGAAUCUCUAAAAAUAAAUAAUAGUAUAUAGAAACUGUAAACUUAGUUUAUUUUCCAUCCAUUCCAUGAGGCAUGUGAGUCUUCCCUGGUGAAGACUCAGGGUCCUCGGCACAAUAACAGCUGCAGGAGAGAGAACCAAAAUAUGGCAGAUUUUCAGUGAGUAAAAAUGAGCAGCUGACUACAAUAUUUCUUAUCACCAUAUGAAUUCCUUUGAAAAUCACUACUUUGUGAUAGUUAUUCUUAACCACUGCACUAAAUAAAGAUAACAUGCAAAUUCCAGGACCACUCUUACUGACCUUAUUCGCCUACAUGCAGCUAUCAAAUCCACCCAAACCUACUUUACCCUCUAUCACUAAUGCAGGGUGAAAAUCACCUGUAGGAAAAAGCAGGUUUUGGAUCAGGGAAACAAAUAUGCCUUCAAAGAUGUCAAAGGAAAUGCUGAAGUUACCCAGGGACCCAUGAUACUCAGACAAACGCAUCAUCAUGAAAAUCAUGUAAACAUGUUUGGUCAAGUGAAAAUCAACCGUCGAUAGUGUUCUAGGGUUAAAUACUGAGUUUUAAAACUUUUCUUCUUCUUUAGAAAAACUUUGAUCUGAGUAUUUGAAUUAAACUUAUUUUAUUUCUUGCCAGAUGUUUAAGUUUUAUCCAUCAUUCAGCGUUAAUUUGAAUAGUUAAAAAGUUGUAGUUUAAAAGUGCUGAUUAGACGAGCGGUUUGAGUAAAUAGAAAACAGACUUUCAGUGAAUGCUCACAAGGAUUGCACAUGAGGUCCUUAUUGGUUUGCUAAUGUUAAACAGGAAUAAAAUGAGACUUGAAGAUGAUAGUGAACAUCAUUAAAGUCAUUUUAGAUCAGAUUAGAUACAACUUUAUUUAUCCUUUUGGGAAAAUUCCCUCAAGGAAAUAAAAUUAUGAAAUUAUUUUGGUUGUUUUAUACAAAGAAUAAAAGGAUGCUGUGUACUCAGAGUUUAUAAUGACUCUUGUAGUUCCAGUAUCUACCAACAGAGGUAGAUACACUUCACGCAUUACUCGUUAUCACUUUACAUCCCUCCCUCGUCCACAUUAGGGAUGUCUCAUCUGUGGAGCUCCUGCAGAAGUACCACCAGGGGAUCCGCUCAGAGAUUGAGGCCAGGGGAGCCAAAUUCACUGACUGCAUAGACCUCGGCAAGACCCUGCUGACACGGAAGCACCGAGACUCUGCUGAGGUAAGACUUCAGCGGCGCAGACAGCUUCUUUUCAUCCUCAGCUGGGCCUCAAAUUGCUGCUUUCAUUAGAUUUAAUUACUUUUCUGGGAGUGAUUGUUCCUGUCUGGCACUAUGGAACCAAUUGGAUCUCCAGGAAAGAAAAAUUUCCACUCAUCUUCCUCUCAUCGGGGAGACCUUAAAGCAAACUCUAAUUAGAAAUGGAAAAGCCAAAAGAAUUUAAAUGAGCAAUUGACCCCGGCCUGAAUUUAACGUGCGCUUAAUUACUUCACAAUGCUCAUUCUUGGAGGGUAAUGGCCAGUCCUGGUGCUGAGUCGCUUCAUAUCGCUGAUAUGUAACUGCGACUGUUUAACUGCUUGUGUCAGAUCAAGGAGAAGCUGGUGCAGCUGACAGAGAAGAGGAAGGAGAUGAUGUUCAAGUGGGACGACAGAUGGGACUGGCUCCGGCUCUGUGAGUAAACCCACACUUACCUCCAUCAUGAACACAAAUCCUGUACAUGAAUUAGUCUCCACACGAAACUAUACUUACCUGCCAACAGACAUACGACUAACUGAUGUCAUUCAAAGCUCUGCACAUGAAAGAGCGGCGACGCUUAUGUUCAUCAAAACCAUCUUCUGCUGUAGCUGUAUAAAUAGUCUGAGACCAAAAUAAAAAUCUCUCCUCUGUAAAAAUGUAAAAUUUAUCUCUAACAUCAGAUGAUUUCAUCAACUUAGCUCUGAGAUUAUUUAUUCUCUUUGAGUUGUUUUCAGGGCGCCUCGCAGUUUUAUAACGAGAGAAAAGCUUAAAAGGAGGAGGAGGAUAAUGAACAAACUUCAGAUGAAAAUGUACGACUUCUUUCUGAGUUCAAGCUGGGAAAAUUCAAGAACAACUACUAUAUGUUGUGUUACCUUUUAGCACACUGAGAUCAAUAUUUAAUACCACAGAUGUAAGGUAACCAAUCAGACAAACUGAAAUAAUGAGGUAAUAUUUUUACUACACAGCUUUAUUUAUUUGUUGUCAUUAAUGAUGUUCAUCCUACUUCAUUAUUUGUUGUUCACUGUUGACUUUACUCGCUCUGAGUCAAAGCCCAGAUUUAUCCUGGGUUUAGGAAACAGUAAGAGAAUAUUUAGUCAAAUGUUUCAACAUUUCGAUCGAAAUAUUAAAGAUGAAGAUUCAGAGAGGAUGAGUUGACUGGACUGUUGUUGGAAGUUCAAGAAGACAAAAAGCAACAAAAAGUUUUUCAUUUAUUGACUUGUAGUAGGAAUCGUUCAUCUAUAUUACAACUCUAGAUCAGCAGAGACAGCACAGACUAGUUACAUUGGGGGAAAUUAGGAGCAAUUAUCCAAUCAGGCAUCCAGAUGGGGCUCUAUUUUCGUGCCCACCGGCGGCGAAGCGGAGGGUGGCGCACCCCAUGCAGUGGUAUUUUCGUCUGGCGGAACCCGGCGCCCAGCCAGUUUGGUAUUUUCGUAGGCUGGUCCACCAAGCUGGGCGUGGUGGCGCAGUAGGGGCAGGUGUCAAUAGAAUCGGCUGGCAUAGUGACAUUUUCGUGCUCGCCGGCGGCGUAGAAAGUGCGCUGAAAGCUCGCCGAUUCAAACCUGGUCAGCUUUCAGCGCAGGCGGAGCAAAGGUGGUGUAGUGGUAUGUUGGUAGACCGGCGGCGUGUUGCGCAUACGUCACCGAUGCUUCACCGGCAGGUUUCCACAGUGUCAGGCACCUUUCAGUGAAAUAAAUAAUAAUCAUCAACAACUAAUAAUCUGAGUCAGCACAUACAUUUAGAUCUAUAGAUAUAUUCUGAUCUAUAUCUGGUCUGACAUUUGGAUCAACCUGACCGAAUCAACACAGCUGAAACCACAUUAAAUAAAAUAUCUAGUAAAUAGACAAAUAUGAUGAAGUUAACAAGAUAUAGGUUUCACUGCUUUAUAUAAAAGUGUCUGCAGAUCUCUAAAGUUGAUUUUACAUUCAAACAAACUUUUCUCAUCCUGUUAUUAUGUUUCAUGAAAGUGUUUGCUUUCCAAAGAACUGUGUAACCUUGUAAAAAUGUCCUUCUUCACAAAAAUGUCCUCACUUUGAAAGAACUUCACCCACUAAUAUAAAAAAGCCCUCAGUUCAAGAACAGAGAAAAAAUGUCCUCACCUUUCAAAAAUGUCCAUCCCUUCACUCUCUGUAACAUCUCUACCGUUCAGAAGUCCUUUUUAUCCCACGCUUAUUCACACACUUUCAUUCAUAAGGUGUCUUUGAGAUGAAUUACUCCUGUCUUUAUUGCCUUUAGUGUUGGAGGUGUGUCAGUUUGCACGCGAUGCCUCGGUGGCGGAGGCCUGGCUGGUCGCUCAGGAGCCUUUCGUGACCAGCAAAGACCUCGGUUAUACUGUGGACGAGGUCGAGAAGCUCCUCAAGAGACAUGAAGCCUUCGAGAAAUCGACCGCCACCUGGGAGGAGCGCUUCUCUGCCCUGGAGCGCCUCACUACGGUAAAAAAAAAACAACAACCUGAAAAAUCAUCUUCAAUCAUUUCAAAACAAAACAAAAAACACAUCUUUACAACCUCCGAGAAACCCAGAUUUACUCUGCCGUCUUUAAAGAAAUGUCUCUCGGGGAAGACGCAGAAAAACGUAAUUAACAAACGUUAGUAACUGGGGCCUGAAGAUGAUUCCACGUUCAUGUAAAACAGGAAAUGAUGAGGGGCUGAUUGGAGUUCACUUCUGUGUUACAGCUGGAGUUGUUGGAGCUGAGGAAGCAGCAGCAGGAGAUGGAGCAGAUCAUUAAAGAGGAUAGAGACAGCAGGUACACACACACAUUAAAACACACUUUAAUGUAGGAAGUCAUUUACUGUAAAAGUGCUUCAGGACCAUCAGCAACUCUGGGGAUAUUCUAGUUUUUCCUUUAAGUGCAUUCGAUCAAACGAUAAAUCGAUUGAGUUAAAAAGGACCUUUGUUUUCUAAGACGUGUUCGACAGAGGUGGGGGAAAGUCCUUAUGUUGCAAGUCCAAGUCGAGUCUCAAGUCUUUGCUCUCGAGUCAAGUCCAAGUCCUUACCAUUUCUUUCAAGUCAAAAAGAAGUCAUAUCAAAGCCAUAAACCAUUUGUUAUAUGUAAAGAUUUACAUCAAUCAUGAGCAUUUUUCACUUAUUAUUAAACAAGCGUUCUUGUUUGUGUGAAGUUACAUAGUGCAGCUUUAACCAAACUAUUUUACAUGUCAUACAAAAAAUAUUCAGAUAAACUUCAAUAAUUGGAAACUUAAUACAAAAAUAAGGAAGACUCAAAUACAAUUAAACAUUAAACUGAUACUUUUAUUCACUGUUCCAAAACAAAACAAAAGAGACACAAGGAAACACGUGGAAACAGGCGGGCAAUACUAGCGAGUGAUUUAUGUUCAGUCCUCCUGUGGUGUUGUUGUUAUGAGGGAGACGAGUUUGAGACAGUGUUGCCAAGUUUGGUGAGAGAAAUCAGGAAACAGACCUCCAGAAACAAGCCAAAAACAAGCAUUUUUUUUUUUUGCGGAUAUGAAGCAGACUUGGCAACACAACACGGUGUUACCAACGGCCGUAAUUCCUGACUAUUAGUUGAUGCGACACUUUUUAAACGGUUUGGGCUGUAAGGUAUUAAGUGACUUGAAAAGACUUGACUUUUCAAGUCACUGGGCUCAAGUCAAGUCAAGUCAAGUCUCAAGUCUUUAGGAAUCAAGUCCCAAGCGAGUCCAAGUCAUUUCUUGAUUUCAUCAAGCAAGUCAAAAACGGGACUCAAGUCCAAGUCGGGUCUCAAGUCGAGUCGUCAAGCCCCCACCUCUGGUGUUUGACACAUGACCUCCACUUCUACUCAGAAAACAUUAAAACAAAAGAAAACACACAGUCCUCUCUGUUGCUUUGACCGACACGUUCCUCCACCUUUUUCAGCAUGAUCACUAUCUGCUGACAAACACAAUAGAAAGAGCCAUACAUCUGCUGCAGGAAAAGCUUUUUUUUAUUUAACCCAGAGGAAAACUUACUUUUUCAAGAGUGAACGCCCCGUAUACUUCGGUUAUGCCUCAAGCGUCCUGCUCCCUCUGUCCUAUCCUUUAAAUAAAGCUGUGAAAAAAGAGCAUGUAAGAGAAAUGACUGUACUGAAUGAGGGUAGAUGAAAUAAAACAAUCAGAGCAGUUCACUUAGCUUCAGCUCCUUCUUUAGUGUGUUCAAAGUAAAAGGAGCAGAAAACUUCAACGCCUUUCUCUCAGCUCUGUCCUGACCUUUCAGACAGACAGGGACGUCUAAAGGCAGCAGAUUAAAAGUUCCUGUGCUGGUCUGUUUGAUGUGCAAAGGCAAAAAGGAAGCAGACAUAAAACAAACCAAUCAACCAAUGAGUGAAGGCUUUAAAUUUGGGGAUGAUACACAGUUUCCAGAGCAUAUCAGCUUUUAAGACAUCACCAUAGUCAAGCUGCAACCUUUUUGGACGUGGAAAAAAGAGAUUUAGUUAUUAAAAUAGUGAGAUAUCUUCACUGAGGAACAAACUGUACCUCAAAGUACUGAAGCUUCUCUGCUUUUGGUAUUGCAUUUGAAAACAGCCUGACUUUUUUUUGUUUUUCCUGCAUUCAAAUUAGUUUGAAGCCAUAAAAAUUGUGUUGAUUUCAUUGUUAUGCGAAAUAUAUGCAAAACAAUAAGUGCCAAGCUGUUCUGUCUGGUUAUUAGUCCAGCCUAAACAACGACAUUUAAAGCACUUUUCAUUAAUACAGUAAGUACAAAUGAAAAAAAAAAAACAGAGAUAGAAAACCUGCAAAGUUUCCUUUUGUUGAAAGCAACAAAAAAAACUCAACUCUGUGAGCCGUAUCCCUCAGACUUUCAUGCAGGAGCACAGUCUGUCUCUUUUCUACACUCACACACACGCUCACACACACACACACACACACACAGACACACACAUCUUUUUACCUGCUGCUGCUGUACAAAGCGUCUCAUGCAGACCCCAUGCUGCCCUCUUUUCUGCAGGAGAGAAGACACCGGCUUUGGAGAGGAAUCUUCACAACUUUACACUAUUGAGGAACAGACUCUGGUUAGUAACUACGCUCACUUAGCUCCUGUCCUCUCUUCGCUUUCAUCUGCUGACUUUCUUUUAAGCAUAUUGAAAUUUUUAUGAAAGAAAAAACCAGCCUCGUCUAUAUUCUGUUCCCUCUAACGUUUGCAUUUAAAUAAGCUCCUUGACUUUUUUUUCCCCACUUAGAGCUUUCUGCGUUUGACUGUGCUGGGGAACCUCUCUGAGCACUUGCAGAUGCAUAAAUCAAUCUCUUUUUUUAAUCCCCUAAAAAAGUGCAGGUGAGAUUUCUGACUGACUCUGUUUUGGUCUCCAGUCUGGUGCCGUUGAGCCCACUUCAGGUGUGCAGGAGGGGACAGCGGGUGACUCCACCGUCCCCAUAGAGUCGGAAAUGAAGGAGAGCGGGUCCCUGGAGCUGGAACCCUCUGUCUCUGUGGCGGCGCCUAGAGAGCCGGAGAGGGCAGCCACCAUGCCCUCAGAGCCUGUCAGAGCCCAGCCCGUGCUGCAGCAGGGCAUGCUGGGACGUAAACAGGAUGUGGAGGGUUCAGGGAAGAAAGCGUCAAACAGGUAGAAUAUUUUUCAGCCAACUUCACAAGAGAUUAUAAGACUUUAGUGUGACUCUUUGUUUCUGGAAGUUGUCAUCUAUAUAUUAGAGAGUUUUGUAAAACGUUUGGUAACACUUCACAAAAACCAGAACUUAUAGAGGGUAAAUAGACCAUUUAUUAAUGGUAAGCAGAUAGUUUAUUAAUGUUUAAUCAUCAUUUAUAAAUAGCGUAUAGACGAUAAAUAAAUUGUAAAUUUUACAGUUUUAAAAACCUAACCCUAACUUUACAAAGAACAUCUAAGUCAUGUUUACAGAUGGUUUAUAAACCACUUAUUAAUCAUUUACAAAGUAUUACAAACAAUAGUUGCAACUUUACAAUAACCAUCUAAGUAAUGUUUAUAGAUGGUUUAAAAAACAAAUAUUAACCAUUUAUAAUGUGCUACUGACACACAUUUAAAUCUAGAUGUUUUACAACCAAUAUUUAAACCCUAUAUAAACCUUUAAUAAAUAGUCAUCAUAAUUUCAUUGCUUGUUAAUGAUAAAGUAACUAUUAACUUACAUUAAUAAACUGUCUAAUUGCCAUUUAUAAUUGGUCUAUAUGCUGUUUUUAAAUGAUGAUUAAACAUUAAUAAACUAUCUAUCUACUCUAUAACUAUAACUCUGAAUUUUCUACUCUACAACUUUUAUUACAUAGACAUAUUAUGUAAUACAACAGACAAUUGAAUUUCCCUUGGGGGAUUUAUAAAGUUAUUCUUAUUCUUACCAGUUAUAAAUUAUGGUGUUUGUAAAGUGUUACCAAAAGUUUUAUUUUCCUUUUGUUGCUAAAAACAGAAAACUCUUCACAGGUGUGUGAGCCGUGAGCAGCACCACCUGCUCUCCUAAUUUCCUAUUCGCUAAAUUAAAUCUAAUGAAGUGUUUGUGUUGUAGUGUUUCUUGUAAUAUGGAUAAAAUUGAGCUGAUUUUGUAUCCUAGCCAAAAAAAAACUACCUGAAAUGAUGGAUUUUAAAGUCCUUCUCCUCCUCUUCCUCACUCUCAGGUCGUGGAACAACUUGUACUGCGUGCUGAAGCCCGGUCAGCUCUCUGUCUACAAAGAUGCCAAGAGCUUUGGACACGGCACGACGUAUCACGGCGAGGACCCGCUGUCGCUUAACAACGCGAGCUGGGAGAUCCUCACGGACUACAAGAAGAAGAAGAAGCAGCACAUCGCCAAACUACGGUGAGAAAACACUUAAUUUUCAGGUUUUGAUUGUUAACUCUUGUUUCCUGUUUGCAUCAAAGUUAAAAAAGAAGAUAACUGAAGAUUGAAAAAAUGUGUCAACAACAGACUGCGUUGUCCACAGGGGGCGCCAAACCUUAUACCAACUGGAAGUUCCUUACUGGAGCUUUAAUUUCUGAGUCUUAAAGAUGUUUGUAGGAGGAAGUUUAAAAACUUUGGUUGGAGCUGGGGCUGUUUUUCCCCCCACAUAAAUAUCAUAAUACUUUGCUAAGCGAACCAGCUGCUGUCUUGAACUUGAGCAACCUUGAAAACUCUCACUUUGCUAAUGGAUGUUUAAAGUCUGCUGCUGGAGUGAAACACAGAAACACAACUGUUCAAAUGAAUGGGCAAAGAGCUGCUUUAGAAAACUGCAACAUCUGUUUGAGGAAAAACAGUUUUUUAACAUCUUGUUUCUUCCUCACAGUCUGGGAGACGGCAGUGAAUAUCUGUUCCAGUGUAAAGACGAGGUGAGUUUUGUGCUUCUGAGAGAUAAAAAUAAUGAAGAACUUUUGCAGCUGUCUGUGAACCACAGGAGAUUCAUUGUUGUGGACUUGGCGUGUGUUUUUGUAAUCUUUGACCUUUUGUGAAAAUUCUGUAUAGAGUGUAUAAAUCUGCGCACAUGCUGUAAAUACAUAUUUUACUUUUAAGCUGUUCUCAGUUUGACAUGUUUGCACACAUAAAUAUAUAGCUUACGCUAAUGAGGAUCUUCCAGUUUCCUUCUGUUUACAAUUCCCAGUUUCCCCCCACAGCAUGUAUGUAAAUGUAAAACACGGGUUAACUCAGAGAGGUUCAUCUGCUGCAUAAAUAACAUGUUUAAGUUUAAUUGUUCAACCCACAAACACCUCCUCUGGUUUGUUUACUUAUCAAAAUCAACACGGCUUCCUCAGGAGGCGGACUCCCCGUUGUAAGCUCCUGUUUCUGUGCGUGUGUGUUUAAUUUUAGGAGGAGCUCCAGCGUUGGAGCCAGGCCAUGGAGAGCGCCAUUCAGCCCCUGGCAGCAGAGGAGGCGUCGGGGCCCUCGGGGGCCAAAGCCCAAAGCCUACCCGCUCCUUCCUCCUCCUCCUCCCCGGCUGCCCCUCCUGAGUCCAGCUCUGGCAAGAAAGACAAGGAGAAGAAGUUCAGUCGCUUCGUCAAGAAGAAGUGAUUGCCUUGACAACCAGGAAAGAGGAAGUAGUAUUUGUGUACAAUCAGUCAGAGCGAGCUUUUUAUCACUAGAUUUUUUAUAUAAUUUUGCGAGAAUAGACCUUGAUAAAGUAGUUUAGGUUACAGCCGUCACUCUUUGCCUGUAUUUAAGCCUGUGUUUUCUGCAAAAAUAAGUCCACGUUUUUCUUUGUGUUCUUUUUAACGAAAGCCAAAUUCAGAUCAUCGAAUUAAAGCACAGGAAUGCUCCUCGCACUCUCAACCAAAGAUUGUUCGUAGAAACUUUUCUUUGUUCUGUUCGCUGCAGGUUUCUUUUUCGUUAGUACGGCAUGUUCUGUGAAGCUGUGGAGGGGGGGUGACUCCGGAGUACCGAGGAGUACUUUUUAUUAACCUGCCUUAUACAAUGGUUGUGAACUGUAAUACUGUGCUGUUUGAAUUUGGAGCACUAAACGCUACGAGCGGAGCCCGAGUGAGUCGAACCCGGCUUUGAACAGCUUUGUAAAUGCGGUGUAGAGACUUAAAAGUGCAGUGCUGUACAGUGCACAUACACACACACAAACACACCAAGUGUAAUUGCAGGCAUGCAAACGAAAUGCUCUAUGCACUGUGAAGGGUUUGACUGUUGAGAUUUUUGACAUGCGAGACGUCAUGAGACACCACAUCAGUCAGUUCGAUAAAGAUCCUUUAUUCUCAGCUGAACUGUGACAGUACUUAUCUCUGUGAACUUGAACUAUAUCCAACACUUGUGUAUUGAACCCUCAAUUUCAUAUCUAUUCAUGGACAUAUAUACAUUUACAGUUUAUAUAUCUACAGAUGCAUGAAGUAUGUUUUAUGUUAGUUUGAUAUGGUGCUAUUGUGAAAUUGUCAAACCUCCAAUCGAGAUCAAGCCGACCCACGGUGUUUGACUUAAACUUUGGCAGUCUGUUGGCAAACAUCUGAGGGGUGUUUCAUAAAGUCUGCUGAGUAAAGCAGGUCUCAUUUUUGAAAAGCCUGACGUAAAAUGAGAUUGAUAUGCAAGCACUAAUGGCAUCAAUUAUAAAGAAGCACAGAAGGGGUCCUGUGAAAGCCUGAUUCAAUUCGUUUGCAUAACAAGAGCUCCAAAUGUAGAUAGUUUUAGAUGCUAGAAAUUUGUUUUCAGGCAGUUUUGGAAACCAAUUCUCUUUCAUUUGUGUUUUGAACUUCAGCUGGCACUUACGCGAGUAAAAUAAAAGCCUCCUGUUUUGAAGAAACGCUGAUUAAAAUUUAAAAAGGGCAGAUAUUCAAAAAAAUCAGCAGGCACGUAAAUUAGCCUUUCUCUAUUCUGGGUGCAUAAAAAGAAUAAAAAAACACAUUUAUUUUUGGUCCUACUUCAAUUGUUAGUUUUUUCAAAUGUAAAUUUGAUCUGAUAACGAGACUCAGCAAGCCUCCGUUUCCAUCUGUUAAAACCUAUACUGCAGCCGGUCAGCAGGGGGAGCUCUGAAUGUUUUGGGUUGACCAUUCGUAAGCACUUACAGAAUAAACAGUAUAUGCUCAUGCCAGAUUAUUAUAUUUAAAAUGUAUUGUAGAUAAAAAUGAAAUAUAGCCUGGUUUAACUUUAUGAAACACGCCUCUAAACUCACAAACUUUUAUUUGUUACUUUUUACCUGAAAUAAAGAGUCAAUGACAAUCAAACCAGGUCCAGAAUAAAAAGAGUCUGGGUAAUAAUUUCAAAGACGAUUUGUUUGCCAAAGUUUAGGACAAGCUGUGGGUCAGAUGAACCUUGACUGCUUUUCCAAACUCCACAACAGGACCAGGCAUGCUCUUUCUGUAAGACCAGGAUCAUACAGCAGCAGUUUGGAGCUGAGGGAAUGUGUCUUUAAAAUGAAUGUAAAUCGAGAAGAGAGGCGAGUGAGAUUUGGUUCACAUAGGAGUUUCAACAGUAAAAGCCAUAAUAGAGUAAAAACUUUCAACUGAUUCACACAUACAGGGAUUAUAUGUACAGUAUAUGGAAAUGCAUUUUACAUCUUAACUUGUCACUAAGACAGGCUCACACACACUCAGCACACACUCUUCCACUGCCGUCUUGCCUUGUGGGCUCCGACCCUGGACUACAUUUCAACUCAAGUGACCUCAAUGAAAAAGAAAGAAGUCAGGUGGAGAGAGAAAAACGUGACUGUUCAGCUCAAGAGGGAAUACGGUAGCAUUGUGAUGAUCUCUGUUCAGUUAUUUAAACUCACAAAAUAUGUAUUCAAUGUAGAAAUACAGAUUUUUGGUUUCAUCGAGUUUUUCUGUUCUUAGUGCACCUCAAACUGGUUUGAGAAACUUCCAUCAAACGUACAGUCUUGUUUUUAUUGGUCACUCUAUCUGCAGUAACUCUGUCACUUCCUAUUCAGUCACCUCCAUCCACUUUGUCGAUUCCGCCACUCCCCCCUUCCCUCCUACCUACCUGCCGAUUCUGUUGGUGGUUUUUAAUCUGCAUUUUGUACUCUGCAGCUAUGUAAAAUAUCCAGAAAUGUUCAACCAGAAAAAUCAAAAACAUUUUGAGAGAAUAAACUUUAAAAUAAACUUCUCAAACUAAG